AUGGACAUACUUCGGACGUAAGUACAACCACUGUUGGUGGUGAGAAUUUGGGAAGGUAGUUGAGGGAAAAUGUAAUGUAUAUCUGUAAAUAAUGAUAAAUCAUUGCUAACAAAAAAAUGAUUCUGAGCGGAAUUUAGUUGAUAAUGUUCCGUUAUCAACAAUAUAUAUGCCAUAUUAUGGUAAAAUAAUUACAUAAUAAUAUGCAUUAUAUAUAUUUUGUAAUAUUAUUUGUUUAAUAUUCUACCUAUUUUCCCAUUUUUUCCCAUUUAUUGGGAAAUUCAAAAAAUAACUUUUCCAAAGUACCUCCCCAGUUCGAUUUCUUUCAGAAAAAUUACUAUCGCUGAUAAUUCCUGGUAGAAAAGUUGUCCACAGAAAAAAAUAAUAAAAAAAUAAACAUCAUUGUAAAAAAAAUAUAUUCCUUGCUAGUUGCUACGCUUCGAAUUUAAAAUUUAACGCCAUAUAAAUAUGUUCCUAAUGUUUCUUAAUAUAAAGUAUACAUAUUUAAUAUACCUAUUCGCAUAAAGGCAAAUAUUCGAAGUGAAAAAUUUUUUUUGGUAAAUUUCUUUUUUUUCAUCAGUAAAUGAAUUUGGUAGAUUAGCUUCAAUCCAUCGAAUAUUGAAAUGACGCCGCUGUUAAUUGUAUUAUUUUAAUCCAGAUAAGAAAAACACUGGCAAUAAUCAAACAAUGUAAAACCAUCAAACAUCGUAGAAAACGAAAACAUAUUAAAUUACAAAUACCCGUGGAAUACCCAUUAUAAAAAGGUAACAAAACAUUUUUAAUUCGUCAUAAAAUAUAAAUUUUUGUAUUUUUGUAUACAAUUGAUAAAAUUAACAUACCGCGUUUAUUUUAAGUAUCAUUGAUAUUUUAAAGUCAAGCAAACAAUAAAAUAUUCAUAAAUAUUCAAACUUAUAAAACUGUACUUAAACAUACAACUUAGAAUGAAGUAUUUAUCAUAAUUUGUAUUACGGAAACAAAUUUUGUUUGAUAUUAUUAUUAUUAAUAAACGACAUCCGUUGAAUAUUUAAUAGUUUUUAUGUAUUUUUAAUAUGAAUAAUUAACAGAUUUUAUAUUUUUAUUUUAAACUAUAUAACAUGAUAAAAUUUGACUACCAAUAUUAUAUUUUUAAAUAUACAAUAAUUUACCUUGAGUUCAAGUCAAACGUCUUAGGUUCCGCAUAUACGUCCUAAUAAGAUUCUCAUGCAACACGUUUUUAUAGUCCCUAUAUUAUAAUGUUAAUAAUCCAAAUUUUAACGUAGGUGAAAAAAUUAUCACAUAUUUGAAUAAUACUUCUGAGUGAAUCUCUACAGGAUUUAUAAUAUUUAAUCACGAUUGUCGUUUUCUUCUUUAUUUAUUUGACCUCUUUUAAGUAUACUAUAAUAAUAUACGUAUCAUCAGCUCUGAUGAAUUUUCAAUAUAUAUCUUUAUAUUACUAUACCAAAGUGAUACAUCUCAUACAUGUCCUGAAAAAUUUCGAUUGAAAUACACAUCAUUGUACAAAAAAUUAUAUAACUAAUCGUUUAGAAUCUAAAAAAAAAUAAAACAUAUAUUUAUUUGAUUUCAGCACUUCAACUAAUUAUUGUUAAUAAUUAUAACGUAUAGCCAUUAACUUAGUUUAUAUCUUAUAAGCUAGAGUAAUUAACAUUUGAUAUAAGCCCUACAAACCCAUUAGCUGUUGUUCUUACAAAAAAAAAAAAAACAAACCAAAGUUGAGAGUAAUGUACUUGCUCCAAUAGUUAAACUUUAUAGGCAUUUUCUUGUAACAUUUUCGAUCUAGUUUGGUGGAUUAGAAUGGUUUUUUUUUUUAAAUUCCUUCUAAUAUUUCUCAACAAAGAAGAAAAAACGUCGACAAAUUGGAAACAUUUAUUUUUAUGAAAUAAUAGUUUUGAUAAAAAUCUAUUUGGUUUUUGUUGUAAAUCUCUAGAUAAGAAACAAUCGUGGAGAUUUGAAAUUUUUAAUUUCGUGGUAUAAUUUUCAAAAUAUUUUGCCUUUUUUUUUGUUAUUUAUAACAAAGACUUUUUAAACCAAAUACAUUAUUAUUUAAUAUUGAUAAUAAUUUUUGCAACGCUUACAGAAACAAAAAUUUUAUUUGGACGCAUUUUUCGAGCAAAGCGAUCUGCUUCGAUAAUAUUUGGUUGAAUCCCAUUAAAUUAUCUGAAAUAAAAAAAUCAUAACAUUUACAUGAUCACAGAUUAUAAUAUGAAAUCAGAUGGUGCACUGCACUCCGGUGUAUCUCUGAAAUUUAAACAAACCGAAUUUAACUUGAGUCAAUGUGACCCUGCAAAACAAAUAUUGGCUAAAAAAAAUUAUGGAUCCAAGUGCAAUAUUAUUGUAAACUGUUUGUAUGAUAAGUUUUUUCUUGCACGAUUAAUUCGAUCAUAUCACUUAUUGUAGAUUAGGAGAGAACAGUCUAUCUCCCUUUACCAUUCCUGAAUGUAUAAUCGUCACGUAUUUUAUUGGUAUGCAAGUAGUCUAUCCACUCUUGACUAUUAUUUAUGAUUACAAUGGCUAUUUAAUGAUGAAGAAUAUUAAUUCUUUUUUUUUUUGGCAAUUACAUUUGAAAUCUUAUUUAAACAAUAACUGAUUUUCAGCAAUGAUUUAAGUAUCUUUGGCGAGUUUUAGGUACAUGUCGUAACGAUUGAACGUUUUCAACAUUCAGUAUGCAAGUAUUAUAUUUAUUUAAUACUAUUUAGACAUACAUGCGCAUCAAAAUUAUCAGAAAAAUGAAUACUCGAAAUGUCUAUCUUAAAAUAUUACAAUAUACUCGUAUGUAAUCCGAACAACACAGAAAUACGAGUAUAUAUUUAUUACUUAUGCAGCACUAUAGCUGAUGGGUAUGGGAUAAUAAAAAUAAUUUUGAAAUUUAACGAUUAGUUUAAUAGUCAUUAAUAUAAAAUAUUGAAAAUAUGUAUAACAUAUAUGCUAUAAUACAAUAAUGCAUAUAAUGCAUAUAUACAAGUUUAUUUUUUUUUUAUCACUAUUUUAGAGGACAAAUGUGUCAUAUCACUAUUAUAACGCAAUGCAUUUUAUCUACCUAGAAAAAACAUAAUAGUUUAAAUGAGCUGCAUAUGAAUCCGCAAUAUCACACCUCGAGUGUGUACGAUGAAGAGGUUUUGUUGGGGAAAACUUAGAGGGUGGGCUAAGACGAUUUUCCCUAGAGGAUUACUUCCGACUAUAAAAGACUUAAAAUCGACUUAAAAUUAUCAUCCACUUAUUGUCACCAUAUUGUAUUACUAUUAUAUUAUAUUAUUCUAUUUGUAAUUGGAAAUCAUUUAAAUUGAAUAAAAUUAUUACUAUUAUGUAUUAUUAUUAUCGUUUAACCAUUGACAAAAUGAAUUAAGCAAUUAGUAUGUAAAAAAUCGUACUUAUAUGUUAUUAAUAAAAUUGUGAACUAUCUAUUUGUACUAUUCUAAAAUUCGCAAAUUAACUACCUCGCAUAAUAAUUGAAAAUCGAAUAACGUUUCCAUAAUUUGUUUGAUGUUUUUAAUGUUUUUACUAUUGUGUUUAGAUUUUAUAACUUCUAUAAACUUCAUACAAAUGAUCACAAAUUAUAAAUGUGUACAGAAUGUGAAUAUUGUAUAACGUUAUAUUUUUUAUAAUAUAUAAAUUCCUCAAAGAACGUUAUUGAAUACAUAGUUAAAUUAUUUAUUCAUAGCAGUUGGUUCACUAUAAUAAUAUAAUUAUACCCUCGUUAAUUGUUUGAUUGGCGAUAUAAAAUAAUAUAUUUAUACAAUAUUAUUACGAAUCGGUUGUCCAGUUUGUCCAGUUUGUGUCAUUCAGUUCCUGUAGACAGUACCAUGCUAACUAUCAUUGGUGCCUUAAGGCUUUCAUCAUGUUUAGUGCCGGAAAUUGAUAUCCAUCUAAAAUAUGGAGACCCGAAAACCUAGUUUAUCCCUUUACCACCUCCCUUGUACAGCCCUGACUGUAUAGUUUAAGUGGUGUUUAUAAGAUGGUUCUUGCGACAAAUUUGUUUGAAUAUUUGUAUGAGUACAAUAAAAAAUUGUAUUCUUUUAAAAUAUAGGUAGCGUUAUAUUAGUACAUGAAAUGCUGUGAGUUUUACGAACUUGAUUAAGAUUAUAAUUUUAAUCACUUCACGUAUUAUAAAUAAAAAAAAAAAUUCAAUAUUGUACUAAAUUUUUUUCCACAAAAUAAGUAUCCUUAAACUCUAGAGGGUGGAAUGAUUCGUAAGUGGAUGUCUCUCUACGGUAACGGGUGGGUAUGCGAUAAUAUUACGAUAUAUAUUUUCAAACAGAGAUUAUUUCGGUACAAUAUCGAUUAUAUUAUUGAUAGUAGACUCGUACGUCCUCUUUUUUUCGAUAUCAGUAGAAUUCGACUGUAAGCCGCUGAACCGUAUGCGUUCUAUAUACACAACACUAUAUUAAUGAUAAAAUCUUAAUCUUUACCAGUCAUUAAUUAUAGCAAUUUGCUGUUGCCUCGUUGUGCAAAUGUAAUAAGAGGACCUAAUACCCAGAUUUACUGUCUGUCCAAAACUAAUGAGCGCCAUAGACAAAUAUACGAUAUUUAGAACAUAAAUUAUGGAAUUUAGGUUGAAAUUUGAAUUUAAACACAAUUACACAAAUUUAAAGAGGCGCAUAUUUUGGAGGGAUGUACGUACUGUUUUUUAUUACUAUUUAAAACUAUUUUAAAAAAAAGCAAAAUUAACGCGGCUAUAAUGUCUUUGUACGCUAAUUAAAUAAGUUAUAAGUAUACGAGUUUUAAAAGGGCUAAAUAAUGGCUAAGUUAUUAAAUUGUUAUUUUUCACUAAUCGUUUUCAAAAAAUCGAAAUACGGAGAUUACCGGACUACGGAUUUUCUAUAUCUUUGUAAUAAUGUCAUAAAGAAUAACACUUGUAUACGAUGAAUCCUGUAUACAAUUUUUGAGCGUUUUUAUGGAACUUAAAGAAAAUAAGUCCAUAUCAUAAAUCAAAAAAGUCGUAGGUGCACACUUUUAUCACAGACGAUUUUUACGUUUUCUUUAAUUUUUUGGACUUGAAACCUUUAUAAUACAAAGAUUAAAAAAAAAAAAAAAAAUUAACACGAAUAAAGCGGACUAUUGAUAUUUUUAGGCCGUCGUACCCGUGAGCGUACCUCACGAUUACCUAUGCGACGCGUAAAACAUGAAUAAGGUGUGAACAGGAAUCCGCAGGGAAAGCAGCAGCGUACUUCCCCCGUAGUAACCAUAUCAUUAAAUAAUGAUGUAUAUAGGAGCUAUAAUGCUAGCUAAAAAAUAAAAUAAUACGAUCCGCGAGCGUUCAUAAAUAUAAUAUAUUAUAUUGUUAUUAUAAAACUUGUUCUCGUCCAAGUGUAUAAUAUUAUACAUAUAGUAACAGAAAUCGCAUAGCCCGCAACGAUAGUGAAUAUAAUAAUAAAAAAAAAAAAAAAUUAUAAAACCGGACUACUCGGCGACCAAUACCGUUCGGCGUAAGUAAGUAUAAGCAUAAACCUAUAUUACGUUGGUUUUUUUUUUCGCCCAAACCCGGUUUUCUCGUCGUUUCCGGGACUGCGCGAUGGCGUUCCGUCGGGCGAGGGAAGGACGGGCGGGGAGAGGUUUUGGCAUGGUGGAAAAAAAAAAAAAUUAUUAUAAACACCUUCGCGUAUAUACUUUUAAGUUAUAACAACAGCGCACUAGUGUACGUACGCGAAAACGUAAAGCUGCCCACGCGUCUGCGGUUCUGUCUUUUGCCGGGGAACCGAUAAAACAACUGCGUCGCAAACGAUCGCCGCCGCCGCGAGGACGGAAUCUCGCGUUUUCGAAUAGUUUUCGGGCCAAAACUCUCCGUCGCCGCAUGGUCAGAAUCCAGAAAUAACCGCGGAGGCGAGGCGCGUUCGGCAUCGCGAUGAGGACUCGCGCGUGUCACCGUCGCCACUGCAACCGCACGAGGAAUCGUCCGUCGCGCGUGAGUACCCGCCACAGACUCUCUCUCAUCCGUACACAUACGUAUAUCUCAUAUACGUCUUUUUAUACAGCCUCUCAUCCGAGUUCGGCCGGAACGUAUAACCGGGUCGGUUUUAAUGGCAUUAGGCCUUACAGGUUUCAAACGUUUUGCGCGCGAGCGUAACGCCCCGUAUACUUGUCGGCCCAAACAGCCCGAACAUAUUUCCGGGGGAGUUGGCGGUUUUCUAAGUGUACACCCGAAACCUAGAAACAUCGCCACGUGUGCGUCCCUUCGACGUCUGCACCAGCGGCGACUGGUCGGACGAGACAAGUGAGACGUUUCGGGUUUCUCAUGACGACGGUAAAAUUAUACAUGCGUAUGCAAGUUUAUUAUAAACACAUUUUUCGCGCGUUUCGAAAUCUUAAAACGAAUUUCGUUUCAGAAAAAUAUGCGUGUGCCUAUAUACCCGCUGAAAACGUUUGAACAUUCGAACUGAUCACUGCGGUGUCGCGACCGGGAUUUUUUAAAUGCGGGAAGGGGGGGGGGUGUCACGUGUCUACGUUAAGAAGAAAAAAAAACACGUUUAUGUCGCUUCGACACGGACGCAGCGGGUGUUCAGACACCCGGAACACCCCACCGAUUGCGCCACUGAAUCGCCGAUAUCCCUGAAAAAAAUCGCCAAACAACCGGCGAACGACCGAACGCCGUCAUCCCGUUUUCUACGCGUGCACGGUGCACCCGCACGUUCGUCUCUUUACGUGUAACACUACGUGUAGCACUUGUGAUUUUUCAAAAUAUCCGUCUCGCCUUGUGCCCGAGUCGCCGCUGGUCCGCGGGCAACGCUAUUCGCUCGAUCGGCACACGUAUACAGUCGUCUCGAUGUGUUAGUCACGGGCGUCGUUGUGCCCGCAGUCCACGGAACGUCCGUGCGCGACCGCUAAACGCGUCACGCUUGUACAGGCGCCGGCCGUAUCGCUGUAUACGCGCGCGCAGGACCUACCGCCGGGGGGGUAGGGGGCGAAUUUAGGAGACUGCGGCCGCCCGGGCAAUAGCCGCUAGGGGCGGCACCACGACGCCGAGAUGCGCCACGGCCGGUGGAACUUUUCAUUCGCCGAUUCAAUUUUCUUUGAUAUUUUACGCCGCCCUACGGCGACGCGUGGCUUGCUUGUGCGGGCCUGAGUAGGACUCGUUUUUUAUUUUUUCUCUAUUAGCCCAGGGGCGCCUAUUACGUAUAUCCGGCUCUGCAGAACCGACGGGAAGCAUAACGAUGUAUAGUCCGCGAGGUUCUCUCUUAAUAAUCGUUUUACGCAACAACUGUACAGAGAUGUGCAGAGGAACGAAACGUCGUCAUCGUCGCAACUACCGCAGGCGUCGGUGUGGUGUGCUUGCGCAAUAUUUUAUUUGACCCACGCACUCCAAAUAAUAAUAAUAAUAGAUAACGACGCGUGUUAUAGAUACGCGCGCACGCACACACGUGCAGCUUCGAGUGCCGCCGCUGUAUUGGGCGAUGGGUUUGAUAUGCGCGUUACCCCCCCGUUUCCCGUCGUCGUAGCCGCUGUUCUUCCUCUUGUUUUUUGUUUUCCCUCCCUCCCCCCUACACACUUUUGCGCCGCCGCCGAUUACGCGAGAUUAUUUCCGUGCACACAACUAGAGCAGCGCACGACCGCGGUCAAAAAUAUAUUACAAUACACGGGUUGCCGCGUGUUGUACGAAAGUUACAACGGACAAUGUUACGAUGACGUAGGUCAUAUAUAUAUAUAUAUAUAUAUAUAUAUAUAUGUGUGUAUAUAUAUAUAUACGUGUACAGGUACACGCACCUACCGUGCACGGGCGCACUCCAGCCGCAAUCGCAUUGUCGCACAAGUUAAUAAUAUUAUUGUUAUCGGGCGCUUAAAAUAGAUGAUAAUCGAACAUCGUCGCGCCGUCGUCUUUUCGAGAGCCGCGGCGUCCCGCGAUAACACACACCUGUCGCCGCCGCGGUACACCUACCUGUAACAAGGUGAAGGUGAGGGCGAUGCGUUCGUCCGCGUGCAUAAUGUUAUACACCGGCGGCGCGGUGACGGCGACAACGGCGGCGACGGCGACGACGACGGCGGCACAACAAUAAUUGUCAUUGUCGAGGCCGAUGGACGAACGAACCGGCAGUUUCGACCGCGCUUUCGAUGAAACCGGUUAACAAAAUAUCGCAUUUAUCCGUAAACGCGCACGCAAGUCUCCGGGACUUUUGAACUUUCCACAAACACGGCACCGUAGCCGUCACACCGCGCAGACAGUCGUCAUACCGUUUCGCAGACUCCGUCCGUCACCAUCACGACUGUUACACAUACGUACACGUUUUUAUUCGGUAAGCGAUUUUUUUGGAUUUUUUUUUUUUUUUAAAUUUUUUUUUUGUCCGUCUAAUGUUAUUCACUGAUGUUACGAACUCGCCCGCGCGAUUCCGGGAUUUUUCUGCUGACCGUUCGAUUUCGACGUUUCCGCAACGGCUAAAAAUACUCGGUCAUCAAGACGCGGUACCCGGUGAAGUCACCAAAUCCCAAUAUCUGCGCGCAUAUUCUUCGGCCGCGACACCGUUAUUUUUACUGUACGACAUCGCGAAAUCGGGAUUUUCGUUUUGUACAUCAUCCGUUCCAUCUAUGAUAAGCUAUUUACCGGAAAUUUAUCGGAAAUGUCCCCUUUGGCCGCAUCUUACUAAAAAUGAAAAAAAAAAAAAAAAAAAAAACAAAUUUCACGGUUGCUAUAGCUGACAAUUUCUAUUGUUCGGUGUAAAUCCGUAUCAUCAGAACCGACGACAGCACCCGUACACUAUUAUACAUACGUACCUGUACGUUUAUUCGUUAAUGAACACAUUAGAUCGAACACAAUAACAGACGUAUCUACUUAAUUUUAUGAUUAAAAAUUAUCGGCCUACCUUUGAUUUUUUUUUUACGAACAAUUUCCCAUUUUUACAAAUUAUAUAGGUACCUAAAUGUUAUAUUGACUGACGACAUGACAAUAUAAUGUCGCGUGAUUAUCGUAUCAAAGCGAGUAUGUAUCCGCGAUAGGUACGCAUAAUAAUGCAUAAUCAUUAUCGUAUUGUAUAAUUAUCAUUGUCUCUUAUCGACAUUUUAUUACGGUCUCAUAAAAGACGGCGCUGGGUUUAAAAUAUUGUAAUGUUAUAUAUUUAUGCGACAUCCAUCACAUUGGCGGAAGGAAAAAAAUAAUAAUGGUAUGUACUUAUGCUUUUGCAGUUUACAUCAGACGCGAGAGGAAUUAAACCACCAUUUGCUGCGGGUUUACGUACAUACAUAAUGUAUGACCUUUAAUAAUUCUGUCUUAUAAUCGUUCCAUACUCUCGUACUCAUAUUUGAUUUUCCGUUUGUUUUUUUAGUUAUUCUGAAAUAUAGAAUAAUAGCAACCAGGUUACGCAUAUACGUAAAGCUUUAAAGUUAUACAAUUUAUUAUUAUUGUGUAGCAACGCGUACUUACCUGCAACGGCGCGAAGGUUCUUGAAAACCCAUUACAUAUCUACCUACGUCACAAUAAUAUUACCUAUAUCUGAAUAAGGUCGUCUACGUUAUUAUACGAAUGCCGAUAUCGCAGUGUAUAACACGAGUAGAGAUCGUCCGUAUGACAAGUACGCAGUGCCUAUGUAAUAAACUUGAAUAGCGCGGGUUAAAUUUAAGAAGGAAACAUCAUACUUAUUUUUUUUUUUUCCUCGCGAGUAGGUAUUGUUGGUAUAUAUAAAUUGAAAAUUUGACUGCGCGUAUAAUAACCAAAUACAUUAUUUUUAUAUAUUGCAUAGUAAUACGAGUAUAUUAUUAUAAUAUAUGUGCAGACAAUAAUAUGGGCGUAAACGAGUUUUUUUUUUUUUUUAUUAUUAUUAUUAUUGUGUUGAAACAUUUUCAAAGUUUACACAUUAUUGUAUAGCUAUCUACUAUACAUGUACACUAUACGUACACGAGUAAUUAUAUUGUAUUUUUUUGUAAAAUUGGAAAACUUUCGACAUCACUCGAAAAUGUGCAGUGCGAACAGUGUCAUGUUUUGUCAUUGAACUAACGGAUUAGAUGCGAAAUAACAAAAAAAAAAAAAAAACAAUAAUAAUAAUACCCGAUUUUUAAAUACCCGAUCUAAUAGUAUAACAACGGCAUUGAAUUAAAUACAAAAGUUAUAUAGUACCUACCUAUAAAUACAAAUGUUUACAUAACAUUGCUGUGUAAUAGAAAAACAAAACGAAAACAGAUUCCUGCAGGCCUAUUAGUAAAAGUGUAUCUAUGUUUUGCCAAACCAUUCCAGAUUUUCGUUCGGUUUAUAUCCUACUGAUUGUACUAAUUUCGGUGCUCCAUUUGACAAUUAUUUUAUUGUUUUAUACAUUUUUAAUUUUGUUUACUGUGGCCGAAACCCAAACAAAUAUUAAAAUUGAAUUGAACCAUUAAAUAAAUAAUACUACUACCAUAAUUCAAUAUUGUCAUCUUAAUAAUAGCAUGUGUUACCCUAAUACUGAGUUUUUUAUACAAUUUUAAUUAAGAAUAUGCAUAGCACAUAUAUAUGUAUAUUUCAUUUAUAAUAUAUAAUUUAUAACUAAAGUAAACUAUUUCGAAUAAACCUUUACAUUAUAAUUGUUGCUUAUAGUAUCCUGUUAUUUUCAUAUAAAUUAUAUUUGCUUAUAUUCAAUUAGGUGUAAUUACAAGGAACUAUAUUUUUGAUCCCAGGGAAGAAGGGCUCAAGUCAUUUUUGGAAUUUUUUUUUUAUAAUUUUGUCUUAUGUAAUAUAUAUUAUUUCAGUCAAAGUGCCACAAGUGUAUAUUAUUUUCAAAAUUAGUGCACGAAGUGUGUUUUCAAAAUUUAAUUUACUUGUAUUGAAAACUAUAAAAUUAACUUAAGCCCUUCUUCGUUGGGACCAAAGAUAUUUAGUUAUAUUUCCUAAAGUAUUAAUAUUACAAAAGUGUAGUUUUUAUUUAUUUAUUUUUCGUUAAAAUUGUACGUAAUUUUUCAAAAAAACAUCAAUAGAAAAAAAUUAAUUUUUAUUUUCAUAGCAAAAUACUUAUACAUUUCAUCGUACGAUUAUAAUAUAUUCCUAAUCAAAUUAAAAUACAUAAUAUAUAAUAUUUAUUACAUAUUAUGUUGUAGAUAUAUUAAUAUUGCAUUAUUGAAAUUUGGUGCAACUCGUUUGCGCGCAUAUAAAAUGUUUUACUUGAAAUUUGACAACUCUGCGCACAUUUAAAAUAUGUUUUACCAGCAAUCGACGAAUCAAAAUUUUUAAAUAAAAUUUAUUUUAUAUUCUAUACAUAAAUAUACAUUAUACAUAGUACCCAAGCACAACAAAAAUUGUCCCUCUCUCACAAACAUUGUACGAGUAAUAGUCAAUGGGUACAACCAAAAUUUGGUAUACAUAUAUAUUAUAAUAAAACAACACGUCUCGAUCGUCGAGGUAUUAAUUGAAGUAUAUUAUGAAUCAUCAACACAAAUAUACUUCAAUUUAUAUUGGAUUCUAAGCAAAAUGAGAAGUAUAUCAGCUUUACUAUGACAUAUUUUUUUCUGCCUGUAAAUACAUUUUAAACCGAUAACCUUGCUUCAUUCGUGAAACUUCAAAACAAGUUUAACCAAACUUUGCUCAAAAUUAUUUUUCGUUGUUAAUGAUUAAUCGUUAUAUAUAUAUAAAUUAAAUAAUUACUCUAUAUAUCCUAUUUCCCUAACUUUCCUACUAUAAUAGUACCACAUCAAUCAGCAGUAUCAAUUCUUUUGCAUAUUUAUUCGUGUUUUCUUGGCUUAUUUGUUUAGUUUUAAAAAUAACUAUAUUUAAACGAACCGUUGAUUAUUUCAUAUCAUUUUGUUUGAUUAAAUCAAUAUUAUAAUGGGUUUUCUUUUUAAAUUUUACGCUCAAUCCAUUAUACCUAUAUAAAUAAACAUAGGUUGUAUUUAAUAAAUUAAUUUUAACAGAGUUUUUAGUUCAAAUGUAUAUUUUUCUUCAUAACACAUGUUACGAGUAUGUGCAGGCCAAACGCAAUUUUUAACUUAGCUAAUGUAAGUAACUCAGCUCAGACGUAUAAUUUAAAAAUUUCUCUUAACCAACAUCAUUGCGACUAUCUUUAAAUAAAUCAAAAUGUCUACUCUCGAUUGGAAUUUUCUUACUAACAUUAAUACGCUUAAUAUAUAAUUUAAAGUUGAAUCAAUUUAUCGUUAAUAGUAAUAGAGAGUAUAACUUAAGGCAAAUGUAAAAGAGGGUUUAAAAAAUAAUAAAUUAAAACUAACCUAACCUACGAUAUAUAGAUAAUGUAUUUGUAUUUAAUACGCUGCAGUCGUUAAUUUUUGAUACAGUUAUUUCAUAAAUAUUCAUCAACUCAUUCAUUACAAUUUAAUACUUAAAUAAAUUACUAAUCUAAGUAAAUUUUCAAAAUGUAAUUUUUUUUGUUUUUUUUUUCGUUUUACGAUAUAAUUUAUAAUACAUUGACUUUAUUAUAAUAUUUGAAUUACACAAAUAUAAGUAACUGCAAAUGCAUAGAAUAUUCAAUGCACAUAAAAAAAGAUACGGACAUACUUUUCACGAUGGGUGGGCCACUAGUGUAGGUGAGAAGUGAAGAGAAUAGGAUAUAAAGGGGAAUUUAAUGUAUAUUUGUACCCAAAGAUAUUAAUCAUUGCUAACUAAAAACGAUUCUAAACGGUUAUACAUGCUUUGAAAGGCCGUAAUAUUUACGAUUUGAAAAUAAUAAAUUUCGUAAAGUUUUCCGUUUUUCCUACGAAUUUUCCCGACUUUUUUCAUUUAUUAUGAAAACCCCAGGACAAAUUAAAAAAUUACCUCCUUAAAGUACUACUUUAGUCAAAUUUCCUUUCAGCAAAAGUGUUAUACUUGAAAAUCACUCCGCUCAGAAUCUAAAAUACCUAAUAAUUAUAAAAAUAAAAACAUACAAUUAUUUUCUUUCUAUGUAAUGUGUCUUUUGCCAUAUUACCAUAUGUAACCUAACCUUUAACCAACACAUAAUCAUUUAAAUUGAAUAUUUUUUUAAUUAAUGAGUUAAAUAGUCUUUCAAUACAUUAUUGAUAGAUCAUAAAUUAAAUACUAACUACAGGUAUGAUUGAUUAGUUGAAUUCUACGUUAUUUUGGUAAAGCGUUUUUAUUGUAUUUUUAUAAUGAAACUAGUGUGAAUAUUUCGUACAAUAAUUAUAAGGAAAAAAAAUGAUAAUAUUAACCACCAUUAAUAUACGAUUUUUUGACAUUAGAUAGUGGCAAAAAAUAGAAUAUUUGAUACUAAUGCAGUGUCAAGAGUUAAAUUUAAAAAUAUUGAUAAUACUUUUCCAAAGAGUUAAAACUUUGUAUAUUUUAAGGAAGGAACAUUAAAAAAACAAAAUCCGGAGUUGAUGUACAAACAUUUUAGAGGGUAUUAGUGGUCAACAAAAUCGAAUAAAAAAAUAUUAUUUAUAUAAUUGAACAUUUGAAGUUAUUACAGGAACUGCAGAAUUUACUGACUCCUAGUGCAGCUGCACUUUUUUUCGUUUUACUUUAAAAUAUAAUAUUUAAAAAACGUUGAUAUUAUUGUAACAUCGCGCACUGUUACAGUCAGUGAUUAUGUAUUAUGACGUCACGUUAAAUGUGUAAACGACUAUAACACCACUGGCCUCCAAAGAACAAUUAUUAUUGAAGUAUACUGACCACUGUACACUUAUAUAGCACACAGUUUGAAUCCUAUAGUUUAUUUAUUUAUUUAUUUAUUCGUUUAGCUUAACGCUUAAAGUAAAUCAACAUCACAGCAAAUCUAAUAUUAUAAAAGUAGUAAUAGUGAAAUUAAAUAAAAAGAAAAUAUAAUCAAAUUGUUAAGAUGAUUAACAUAUAGGUACAAACAUAAUGUAAUGAUAUCACGGAAAUGUAUAAAAGGCUAACUAAAACGACUAUAGUAUUUAGUUAUUGCUUCACAAUUAUUAUGAUAUACAGGGUGUUCAUACACAGACGCACGUCCAAUUCCCUUAUCCGUUUUAUUGCUUCCGGUGUGGUUGCAUGUAUGCCCUUCGAAUCCUGUAGUAUAUAUUGUAUAAUACAUAAUAUAUGGACAUUUUUUUUAAAUACCGGGUUUUUUAUUUUUUUCAUUAACCAGCAAUUAUCUUGGAGGAUUUUAUGUGAAUUAAAUUUCUGUUUUAUUUUAACUAUUGUAAAAUUAGCUUUAUUUUCAAACCAUUUUUAAUAUUUUACCCCCACUCCAAAACCUUAAAAAAAGGAUACACAGUAGAUUCCGCCUAAUGUGGCCACCGAUUAAUGCGGGUAGCCGCCUAAUGUGGCCAUAAUGGUCUAGUCCUGAUUCUAAUGUGUAGCGAUAUCAUUUCGUUUAAAAUGGGCAACCGUUUAAUGUGGGCAAUUGUAACUGGUCCCAACGUGCCCGCAUUAAGCGGAAUCCACUGUACAUUUGUUUUUCAAACAAGAACCACUUUUUGAACACAGAUUCGAAUAGAGAAUAUUUUUCUAGACAUUUUGCUAUCCAUAACACUAAUAUCAGAUUUACCGUUUAUGAGUUAUAACUGUUUAAAGUUGAGACCACAUAAGAGUGGGGAAGAAUUAUAAUAAAUUGCAUAUUUAUUUUUAAAAGAUAAAUUUAUAACUAUUCCCUACUCUUCCAGUCUAAACUUUAAACGGUUGUGACUCGUAAGCAAUAAAUCUGAUAUUAGUGUUUAUUAUAGUGUUAUGCAUAUCAAAAUGUCUAGAAAAACAUAUUCUAUUCGAAUCAUUGUUCAAAAACUUUAUUUACGAUGUAUGGAGUAGGGGUAAAAAUUAAAAAUGGUUUGAAAAUAAAGUUUAAACGAUUCCACAGGAUUAGAAAAACAGAAUGUUAAAUUCACUUAAAAUCCUCCAAGAUAAUUAUUGGUAAUUCAUGAUAAAAAAAUCACUCUCUAUAAAUAUAUCAUGUUUAAGAAAUUAAAUGGUACAUUUGAGUCGUUAGAAUAGAUAUAAAAUCCUCAGAAACAAGGAAUUUAAAUUUGAAGAAAAUUAACUUCCCAUUUUUUUAGGGGAAGGGGUGUAGAAUUAGUAGUAAAGAUAAUAAUCAUCAUAAAAUUGCACAAUAAAAGUUUUGACAUUUUUGAAAAAUCGAGAAAAAAUCAUAUUAUUAAAACUUUAGAUGUCUGUUCCGGGGAAAAUUUUAAGACAGAAAUAAAAAUAGAAACAUUCGAAUAUGGUGCCAAAUAUAGGUGUAUAAGUAUAAGGGAUCUAUUGGUUUUACAAUGAUGUUUUUUUUUUCUGUCUGUAAACAACUUUUCGAAAAUAAAUUUUACUCCGAUAUAUAGAGUAUAGUACCUUUUUUGAAAUGAAAUUUUCUUUAGUUGUUGCAUUAAAUACAUUUACAUUUGUGCCAUUUUUGAGCUAUUUAUAGACAUUUUAUGUUGCGUGUUUUUACUUAAUUUUUAUUUGGGAGGUACUAUUUUAAACUAAACAGAAUGCUUGGAAAUUUUACAGGAAGUUAAUUAUAAGUCGUACUAGGUGGUCAAAAAAAAACUUAAGUGAAUGUAGCAUUUUUUUUUUUUUUUUUAUUAGUGUUUUAAAAUUAAAUUUUGAUGAAAAUCGUAAGGUUAAGUUUAAUAAAACAUUUACAACCAAAUUUUACACCGAAUUGUUUUUUUUUAGCAUUAGUGUAUCGUUGAUUAUCGGUAAAACAAAUAACUUUAUGGAUAUAACCUUCCCAACUGCCCACCUACAGAAGUGGCACAUCCGUCCCCAGUAUCCGUUUUUAUUUUAUUGUUUAUAACUGAUAUUGGCACUGAAAAUGUAUACAUUAUUCGUUUGUUUUAUUUUUCUUAGUUUUUUGUUGAGCAAAUUAGAUUCCGAGCAUAGCAAGGGAGCUAUUGAUUUUACAAUGCUGUUUAUUUCUUCUUUGUUCUAGUCUGUGGACACGUUUUUUUUAGUGAACUUGCUCCGAUUUUUACGUAAAAACAUUUUUUGAAAGCUCAAGUUGUCUAAAUUAUACUUUGAGAGGUCAUUUUUAAAUAAAAGUAUCUAAGUGGGAAAAAACGUAAGAAAACCUACAAUUUCACGAUUUCAAUUAUUUUAUAAAAACAUGGAUGACGUUUUCUAUCAGAAAAAAUGAUUUAAUCGAAAAAUCACAGGUACCUUUUUGAUUUACUUUCUUACGGUAUAAUAGCUAAAACUUAAGAGCCACUUUUGAGCUUUUAAGGAACUUUUUGCUGUAAUGAGGUUAUAAAUUCACGUAGGGACUUGAAAUUUGGUAAUAAUACUUAUAUUGGAAUUAUCUAGACGUGGUUAAAUUUCUAAAAUCAUUGGACGACUUUUUUUUCUUUUUAAAUUUUUUUACAAUGACACUUUAUUUAUUUUUUUUUUUGUACUGUAGAUCACUUUUAUUCUAGAAAAUUUGCUCCAAUGUAUAAGUAUAACAACUUUUCUGAAAGUAAAUUUUAUCUACAUAGGUCAUUAUUUGAUUUUUUAAGCGGUGUUUAAAAUAAAAAUGAUUAACUGGAAAAACAUUUUGUUCACGAUUUUGUUAUUUUAAAUAAAAUAACGCCCCAGCAUUUAAAAUGUGUUGAGAUUAUAUUAUUGUAAUAUUAAUAACCAAUUCGAUUAGAAAACAUAAUCUUAAAUAUGUAUAGGUACUUACUAUAUAUAAUAUUUGGGUGUUUUUUUUUAAAUGUUCGCUUCUAAGUAUAUGAAUCGUUAAGUAGUGAGUGAUUUAUGUUAGUUUUUUUUUUCUUAUUUAAACCAUUGAAAGUAUACGAAAACCCAUUCGCUACGAUACGCGUGUGUAAAUGUCAAAUGAUAAGGACAUCGAAUCAAAAUGUUACGGGUUCUAAUAUUAUGUUAAACUGUACUUUUAUAACUAACACUAAGAUCAAUUGUUGACAGAUUAUUAAUUAGGUAUGUGAAGAAAGACGCUUGUAUUAUGUUAUGAUAUUUAUAGUUGACUGACAUCGGUAUCAACCGUAUACGAGUGAUAAACGAAAUACUCUAUUUGUGUAAGAAUCGCUGUUCUAUUUUUAGUACUUAUAUACUUAAUUAUAGUAAUUAUAAAAUACUCCGUAAUGACUUAAGAAGAAAUAUAUUUAAUUUAAUACCUCUGCUAUUAUAGAGAUUAGUAAAACUCCGUUACAAUAGGCAUGUUAUACAGUGUGUUUCCUUCUAACACGGAAUAUUUCUGUCCAAUGAUGACUUGGGAUUAAAAUGGACUUUUUUGACAGGAGUUAAGGAAUACUGAAAUAUACCUUUGUUGACAAUUUUCAAAUUUUUAGCCAUUUUAUUGUGCGCAUACGCCAUACAACUUGCAUUUUUAAACGGCAACAUGCAUUUUAAACACCAGAUUUGGAUGGACCGAAAUUGACUACAUGACAAAAAAAAGUAUUAAGAUUUUUAAAAGUAACUGAUUUAAAUUGAAAGUUUAAUCCGUUUUCAUUCGGUCAAUUUUGGAUUUAGAAUCAUGGUUAAAAGACUAACAUAACUUAAAAAAUUCAGUCCAUCCAAAUCUAGUGUUUAAAAUACAUGUUACCAAAAUGCAAGUUGUAUGCACACAAUAAAAAAGCUUAAAAUUUGAAAAUCGUCAAAAAAUGUGUAUUUCAGUAUUCCUUAGCUUCUCCCGAAAAUCCUAUUUCAAUCCGAAGUCACUGGACAGUAAUAUUCCAUGUUAUCUUUAAAAGGAAACACACUGUACAUUAUGUGUGAAUGUUAGGUACAAUAUUAAAAUAUAGUUAAAAGUAGAUAAUAAUAUCGUAUACGAGGGAAUAUUUAAAUGAUUUUUUUUUAUUUUUAUUUUUUAUGUUGCGUGUUUGCAUUACCACAAGUUAUGUUAUAUUAUUAUUAGUUUCAUUUUCGUAUUAGGGAAAUAUAAUACCGAUAUUUUUUUCGUUGUCCAACACAUAUUAUUAUAAUCAGCGUGGCAGAAAUUUAGACUUAUCAAUCGGAUAAAUAUAGUGAAUAAUGAAUUUUGAAAUUAGAUUUUAAUUUAACAUAAAGUUCACAUGAGAUCAGCCACUUUUUUGAUGUUUAGUCUUAAUUGUCAAAAAGUUUAAUUUGAAAAUGCAUACAAAUGUUAAAAAAAAAAGUUUUAAUUAAAUUUACCAACAGUGUUUACAAAAUUUGCGUGGCCAUUUUUUACCAAUUCAUUACAACAAGAAAUAGUUUCAAAAAUCACAUUUAAAAAUUGUUCAUUUUCAAUAUUUACUAUUGGAUGUACACGGUGAUGAGACACUCUGUACCUAUAUUAAUUUUCAAUUAUAUCACAUCUAAAAAAUAUUGUUGCAUUAGCACUAAACUAUAAGUUCUAUUGUUAUAGUUUAGAUACUAUUUCAAAAACAAAAAAUAUAUUUAUAGAAUUUAUGGAUUAUGUUUUAGAAAUUUGGUAAUUUUAUUGAUUUUUGUUACAUGAUUCUAACAUUUUUAAUAAUAUUUAUACGUAGAUUACAUAUAAAUAUAUAAGUAUAAAUUAUACCUUCAUUUAACAACCUUUUGUAUUCAAAUUAGAACCAUAAUAUUGAUAAUGUAUUUUUUAAAUUUUAUGAUAUCUUUACUAGAAUAUGGUUUUUUCACGUACCAACCUAUGUAUUCAUUUUAACUGUUGUCUGCAAAUUGUAUUAAAUCGUGAAUAAUUAUCGUAGUAAAAACUAAAAACUCAAAUUUAAAUCUUUGAUUUGCAUAUUUUUCAUAAAUUAAUUUUCUAUUAAAAAUGAAGGAAUAUAACAAAAAUGAGCAAAGAUGAAGGGAAAACAGAAAACGGAAAUAUUUUAAAAGAAGGCAUAUAUCAACGAUGGAGACACGUGAACUACGGGCAGUGCUGCACAGUGGAGAAUUUGAGAGUGAGCGAUAGGAGAAAUCCCCCCUCCGAGAGCUUUUUUUUGACAAAGAUAACUUAAUAAUAAAAAUUAACAUAAAAAGAUUAAUAACAAUUUACAAUUUAACUACUUUUCAACCCAAAUUUUUUUUCCAAUUAUCAACACCAGUUAUGAAAUAUAAUUAAAUCGACAAUAACUAUUAUUAAUUUGUAAUAAAUCAUUUCUAAUAAUUGAAUACAGAUAUAAGUCAAUAAAAUCGUAAUAGGUUUCUACUAUCAUAUAAUAUAUGUAUACCUAUAUAUACUAUUUCUCAAUAAAAAUUAAACCAUAGUUAAUUGAGACAUAAAAAACUGGGCAUUAAUUUUAAAAUUAAAAACAUAAGUGUCAAAUGCUCUAAUUAGUCUACAUUAAUAUAAUAUAUGAUCGUGGGAAAUUAAACUAUACCUAUAUAAUAAGUGUACUUAUUAAAAAAUAUAAAUUCAAAUUAAACUUAAUAUUAUUGUUAUGCACUAUUGAAAAUUACUACUUAUUAUGUAAAAUUUUUUAAGAAAGAGUUAACAAGACGUGCGUUUGACAUUUGUAUGGUACUAUUUAUAGGUUAAUGCGUUAAUAUGUUAAAAUUAAAAUUGAAUUAACGUUAUCAAUCCAAUGGGCGAUGAUAUCUAUUUCAGUUAAUAUAAUAUUAAUAUUUGUACACUUGAUAAUUAUUAAUUCCAUUAUCGAUAUAAUAGACAAUAUAGCAAUGUACCCAUUUAAAUUAAUUAUUGUUUUUAACAUGUAUAGGUACCAUCGAAUUUAUUAUUUAAAGUUAUUAAAUUGAUUUGUGUCAAUUUUAUUAGAGACGUUAAUAAUAUGCAACGCAAUCAUAAUAUGUUUUUGUAAUACUAUUUAUACGACACUAUUUGUAUUAAUUACUCAUCCAUUUUGUUUAAUAUUUCAUUUGAGAGUUUAACUUAAUAUUAAUAUUUAAAAUAUUAUUAUUAUUAAUGUUCAAUUACCAAUUUAAUUCAGUUUACCUGUAGAUACUUUAAUAUUCUUAAAGCCACAAUAUAAUAUUAUAAGCCGCAGUGUAAUAAAUAUUGAAAAUAAUUAAGUAACAAAUGAUUUAGAUCUACAGGAUAUGUGACGUGAUAUAGUUCGUCGUCAAGUGGUAUAAUAUAUUUUUCAGACACGUGUGCCUAUAGGUAGGUCUACUACGCAGUUGUUUUGAAACUGUUGAGUGUCGGUUCCUGCAUCUGGAGGGGUGAGAAAAUAUAAAUAUAGAAAACGACGAUGGUUUCUUAUCCCCUGCAUGAGACUCUAUCUUUUUAUUUAAAGAUCAUGCAUAUAUGCAUUCGAGCAAAACAAAAUAAAAAAAUACAUCCAUAACUAAUCGAAUACCUACCUAAAAUCUUUGUUGCCCACAUUCCUUCCUCACAUGUGUACUUCUUUAGCAAUUCACUAACUUGAGGCUAAUGCCACAUUUACGUAUUGUUUUUGUUGAUGAACAAGAUACAUUUGCUUGCUUAUAAAUAUAAUACUAAUACUGAACAAUAUAAUAAGUACCUAUAAAUAUGUUUAAAAAUGUAAAUAUUUUCUUUGAAAACUGAAAUAAUAAAAAAUGACCAAUAAUUUAAAAACUAUAGUAAACUUGUAUAAAAUAACGUUAAAAAAAAUAAAUCGCAAAAUAAAAUUAAUAUAGUAUAGAUUUUGACAAAAUACUGUACAUUCAAUACGCACAACAAUUUGACGUAAAAAAAUAAUAUUAUUGAACUGAUUUCAUUUUCUAGGUAUAACCCACGAAAUGUAUCAAAAGCAUCGCAAUUUUGCAGACAGUAUAUUGACAAACCUUUUUCUAAUUAUUUGUGCGAACGUUUUUUUUUUCUAAUUCAUCUUUUUACUAUACUAUAUAUAAUAAAUUAUUCUGUAUAUAACUAUGUAUAGACUAACAUGGCAUGACUAUAAUAUUAUUAUUUAAUCGGUUUGGUCUAUUUAUAGACCUAAGGUCUAAUAUAUUAGUAUUAAUUCACCUCAGAUAACUUUUGCUUCGUGAUAAAAUACACGUACACGUUAUUAAAAAAAAAUUGGUAAUUUUUUAAUAAAACGAUAGGUACCCAUUUACCUAUAACCUACAACAUACGUGCACUAGUUACAAGUUAAAGGUUUCGAAUGUGUAUUAUAAUAUUAUAAGAAUAAAAAAAACAUUUCAUGUUAUACAGAAAGUGCAUUAGUACCUACGGGUAAAAUAAUAAAUCUAAUAUACGAAUUUUUCAGUUAUUAUUUCACCGCGUUACUAUAAUACGCUAUAUAAAACCAGACAAUGUUAAUGACUCACCGGAGUACCUAUUUAACAAGUUAAUUAACAUUCCUUGCAUUUAUAAAUAGUUUGCAAUAGUUAAAAAUUCAAUUCAAGCAACGUAAUCACGCGCAACGGUGUUCGUAUUGUUGACUGUUUUCUUAUUUUGACUGUAAAUAUAACCUAUUUCAUUUGUAAAUAAAAUUAUGACAUUUUUAGAUUCUAAGUAAAAAGAGGAUUAUUAUAGUAGUUUUAGUAUAAAAUGUAUUUUUCCCCGUCUUUCUGUAAACAAAUUUUCGACCAGUAAUCGUGUUCCAAUCAUCAACAUCAAAGGCGGACUUAGAACUAAAACAGUAAGGCAUAAAUGUAUGCACAGGGGAGGUAGGAGAGGCAGCUACUCCCCUGCGAGAUUUUACGCCAAAAUAUUUAAAAAUAAAACAUGUUAAAUAUAAUUUAUUAUUAUAAUUAUAACUAUGUGCAAGUUUUGAGGUUUUUUUUGGUUUUACGAAUACAUGUAUUAUACGAGUACAAUAUAUGUGUAUAAUACAUAAUAUAAUAUAUAUUUGUGUAUUUGAAUCCAAAGUUUGUUAAUUGUUGUUCAUGUUUAUUAGUCUUUUAUGUUCAAAUUUAUGUUAAAUUCAUUAAAAACGCAAAUACACGCAAUUUAUUUUUAGUUAAACAUUAAUAUACAAUUUUUGUUUAAAUUUAUUAAAAAACGUUUCAUUGGAUCUUCGCUCAAAAUCGUUUUUUAUUUUCAAUGAGUUUUCGUCGCGCUGCAAAGUGUGUAAACUAAACCAGGUAUCCUAAGUAUCUUACCUUCUCUAUUUCCUACGUACAACAGAUAUCUAUACCCAACCCAUUUUGUAAAGUAAUAAGUAUAUAGGCUUUUUUUAUUUUUCAUUCAAUUAAACAAUACAUACGUUCGUAUUUAGGCACCUACUGUAGGAAACGUAUUACUAUUAUGAUUUAACGAAUACGCGAUACGUGGUGACGUUUAGAUAGGUAAUCGUCAUAUUUAGAGAUAAUACUGUACGAUUUGUAAUUUUUUUCAAGUGUUUAAUUCAUGAAUUAAAUAUUAUUAAAGAAAAAUCAACUAUUAUAACGACGUUACAAUUACAAAUUCACGUCAAUCAAUUUGCUUUUCGUAAUAAAUAUAAUACAUGCACCUACAAUGUAAUUCCUAUGUAGUAGUAGUCUUACUAUAUUAUAGCGAUUAUGUAUACAAUCCGUUUAGACAAAAACAGGUAUUUGAUGUUCCAAACGAUAAACAUUUACAAUUUUACGAUCUGUGUAUAUGUUCUACAGCACGCAUCACAAUGUACAACAUCAUAAAGUAACUCGGAAAGUUGAAUGACGUGUAUUGAUGGUGCGUUAAUAAAUGUCGCUAUCGUCGAAUACGCUCGAUUUUUUUAAAAUAUUUAAAACAAGAGAGGAAAAUACUCGGAGGACUUGAGUAGUGAAUAGGCACCACUACUUCCUGCUACAGUAUGCUAUUAUGGGCAGUGUGCCGAGUGCUGACUGAAUCCUCCCGAAAUCUCAGAUUCCGAAGUAAAUUAUUUCUAGAAAAAAAAAAAAAGACGGGACAUAUUUCGCACGAUGGGUGAGCCACUGUUGCAGGUGAGGGGAAAUUGUAUAUAUAUAUCUGUAUACAUAAUUCAUUGUUAACGAAAAACGAUUCUGAGUAGAGUUCAGUUAUACAUGUUUGAAAGGCCCUAAUACGAAAGAUUUGAUAAUAAUAAUACAUUUCGUACAUUUUUCCAGUUUUUCCAUUUAUUAUGAAAACCCCUGGAAAAAUCAAAAAAUGACCACGGUAUAGUACCGCCCUAGAAAAAUUCCCUUUUAGAAAGUUUUUUUAACUUACUAACUUUAACGUGCACCGGUCUAAUGUAAUAGUUGUGCGUAAUUCGUUCUUAAUAUGGUGUACAAUUAUUACGGGGGGAAAACCCCGCGCGCUCCAAAAAAAAACCUCCCGUUUGCAUAACCUUUUUUUUUCCCGUAUGUCAUUAAUAAUUUGACCGAUUUCACGGCAAUCUAGUGUACCACGACGAUGACUCACGCGUCGGUCUGCAAUAUUCAACUAUCGUCAAUUACGUUAUUGGCGCGUGUUUUUCCAGAAAUUAUAACGUUAGUCCGGAACGUCUCUCUCCCACUUGUUAUGACGAAUAAUGACGACCGUCAUUGCACUCCCUCUAUCUAACACACCAGCCGGUGACGGGUAUUGGGUUUGAUGCCCCGUGAGAUGGCGGAGAAGGUUAACAUCCCGCGAACAAUUUCCAGGGAAGUCCGCGAACGAGACGCCACCGCGGGCGCCUGCGAACGUUCUCGAAUUCCCUCUCCCGGUUCACCGACGGCGCAUUACACAAUACGGGCAGGUAGUUGUGCGCGCACGACGAAUGGGAAUUUCGCUCAGCGGCGGCAAUUCUGCGAUCUUACCUGUUGCCGAUCCGACCGUAAUACCUGUAGUCGUUCUGGUAGUCAUGUAUGCCUGUACGUGCGAUUAUUAUUAUCAUCUUUAUCAUUGAACACGAAAUGGUGAUAACGUGACGCGUCUCACCCAUCGCCGUGGUCCCGCCACCUAUCCACACCCCACCCCGCCCCCCCACCGCCACCGCACCGCAUCCGCCGGGGCCGCGACCCGCGUGUGAAAUCGAAGUAGUGGCACCGCUCGGCGUCGGCAACCGGUUUCGUCCGUGCCGCGUUGCGUACGUUCCCCACCUACUCCUCCUCGUACACGUAGUUUCCACUCAGUCACGCACCGCACACCGCUCAGUUCGGUAUAUAUGCUGCGGCACACAAUCGCAUUUAUAUAUAAUAUACAUGUAUAUGUGUGUGAGUGUGCACGUAUAAAGAAAAUAAAACCACCGAGUUUUUUUCAUUCUACGCAGUGCACAUAACAGGACGGUUGUAGUAAUUUUUUUAUUUUUUUUUUUUUAUAAUCGUCUUUUGCAAAAAAAAAAAAAAAACCAUAAUUUUUCGCCGUUUUUUCGUCUUAUCACACGCCCGUGCACAGUACCUAAACGCCGCCCGAUCACACCGCACGCGGCCCGCGAGUGUGUACCUGCCUGAAACGCCUACAACACCCGUAGCAUACGAUAUUAUUAUCGCGGGCACGCAUCACACGCUCCUCGAUAUUUAUGCACGCGUCGCAUAGCGCAUACACAUUGUACGCACUUACGUAAACACUCGGGUGCAUAGGCGCAUACGGUAUAAUAUCGGACGUCGUGCGGGCAAAGUAAAAAAAAAAAACAAAAAAAAAAAACUUAUAUAAAGCGGAGAUUUUCGCGUCGACGCCGGCAAAUGUGCGCGAACGUCUUGACCGCGCGCAACCGGUCCGGUACAGUGUUUUUUCCGAUUUUCGAUGGGACAUUAUCGCGAUAAUAUUAGUAACAAUAAUAAUCCGUCGUCGUUCGUUUCGGUCGGUCGUAAACUCCGCGCGAAACUAAUACCGCUCAGAUCUUGACCGACAAGUCAGUAUCUGCACAAACGGGACCGUACAUCCGUUUUGCGAACGAAUUAAACAAGACCGUCUCGUCGAUAUUUAUAUAUUGUAAUAAUUAUAUCGUAACAUUAGGGACAAUUGAUUUUUGAUUUUUUCCCUCGAUAUCCGUACAUUACCCAUACCUAUACCAAUACGAACGUAAUAUUACUCGUAUACUAUACGUGCGUGCGUGUGUGUGUGUGUGUAUAUUUUACAGACCGCGUUAAGUUCACACGGGCAAACGAAACCGCGAGGAGACCGUCGUCGCGAGGAAUACGACAGCACCGGCCGCGAAAAUGGCUUGGAUCCGACGGGAAGACCAGAAUCGAGCGUCCAAAAUGGCAUACCCGGCCGUAAGUGUUUUUUCUACGUAUAAACAAAAAAAAACCGCGCCGUAACGUUAACACAUCUUAACACACUAUUCGAAUGUACACUACCUAUAAUUGUAUACUGACUUGCUCGCUGGCUAACCGCUAACCGCGCGGACCGGUACCGUUCGGACAGUAUUAAAACGCAAUUAAAAAACGUUCUGCCGCUGUAACAAUAACAAUAAUAACAAUAAUAAUAAUAAUAACAAUAAUACGUACGACCGGCUCGCUAGCAGGCGCACACGAUCGUCCGCACACGGCUGCGUCGCGUACGCAACACGGAGGCGCGUUCGAUGUUCGGUUUCUUACGACUAUUAUCAUUAUCGUUAUUAUCAUUAUUAUUAUUAUUAUUAUUAUUAAUAUUGCCGUCGCCGAGCUGUAACAAUAAAUUGAUACGAUACUGUGCGGCGGGGACACUUGUCGGACACGCGAUGCGGACCGUGACGCGACGAUUAUUGCCAACCUAAAUCGCCGCGCCGCGGUACGAUUCGCGAUUUUCUCGACGCCACCAUCACCUCCUCCCCCGCCGCGCACCUAUAGAUACCCGUAACGGUAUUGGUACGUGGAAACGGGAUGGAAAACCGGAAAAUGUACCCCGGCCCGAUAACGCGACGGCCGUAACAAAUUACUAGGCGGCAGAGGCGCCAGCUGUAGAAAUAUUUUUCCGGGCGGGCCGGGUUAAACCGCAGUAGUCUGCAGUACGUACGUUUGAACGGGGAAAGACUUGACCAAUGCGAAUGGGCGUGCGGUGUUUCGCGUCAGUUUGAUUGCAGUGGAUUCCGCUUAGUGUGGCCACCGGUUAAUGCGGGCGGCCGCCUAAUGUGGGCGUAAUGGUCCGGUCCCGGUUCUAAUGUACAACGAUACACGUUUCGGUUAAAAACCGUUUAAUGUGGGCAAUUGUAGUUGGGUCCCGACGUGACCGCAUUAAGCGGAAACCACUGUGCUUGCGAUUCGCGCCACCAAUAGGUACAUAUUUCCAUAAAUAUAACGUGUAUUUCGCGCCACAUCUAAGAAUUCAUUUCGGUAAUUUGCGCCUGGACAGAAAACGAAAUACGUAAUCUGCGCCACACUUGCGACAUUCGUGCAGCAUUGAUACGCGUAUGGGACGACGCUAAAAUAUUCGGUUGUUGAUUCCAUCAUCUAACACAACCGUGGUGUAGACAAAUUCUGGAAUUAGGCCCGUCCAAUCCGUGUCAAAAUAAUAAAACAGAAGGGAGCGCGUGCCGAAAAAUUAUGUGGACAUAUUUUUUUUUUAUUUUUUUCGCGGGUGGUGGUUUUUGGCGCAAAUCACGUGUAAGCCCAUACGGAUUUACGGUUUUAACAAAUCGCAUUUAAUUUUUGGCGUGAAAAGCGGACAGGCCCGGGCAUCGGACGCCGGCCCCGGGGACAAGGGACUCGCGAUAAGGGAAAAACUUAGGGGGGGGUAGGGGAAACCGAUCGCCUGCCGAAUAUUCGCCGGGUCGCCGAAUUCACCCGCGCGUCUUCCGGUCGACGUUACGGGUGUGGGGAAAAAAUAUGAAAAAAAUAAAUAAAACAACACCGUACGGCCGCUCGUGGUGGCCCGCGAGCACCUGUAUCGGAACACGAGUCGUAAUAAUUUUUUUUUUUUUUUUCCUAAUCUUAGAAAAUCGACCGAAUGUGAAAGACCUCAUAAUCAACGAAUUAUUGUGGUUCGCGCGCGUAAUAUGUCGCGUAUACAUAUGCACAUAACGCACGUUAAAAAUGUCCGUAAUCAGUAUAACAUAUGUACUGCUCCGUUAAUUACCGACCACUAUACGCUAAGAUGCUAAUGGACAAUAUUAUUUUUUUUAUGCCAGUCGAAACCUUUUGUAUAUUCGUCGCAGACGUGCGUGUUUUGUUCGCGGUGCGCUUUUACGCUGGCGAUCACCGGUUUCGUUAUUUUAUUGCAAACAAAAUCGGGCAAUCGGUAACAAUCGUAAUAAUAAUACGAUCGACACGGACACCUCGACUCGUAUUACCCGAAUGCGACGAUAAUUGUAUUGCAUAUAUUAUUUUAUUCCGUUUGUUAAAAACUAUUUGACAAUUAUUGCAUUGUACCGGCGAUGUUCUCGAUUGUUUUAUUUUAUACGAACAGACUCGGAUUAAUUUUAAUUUAAUUUUUUUUUUUUCCGAUUUUUCUUAACUCGUAUAAUAUUCCAUUUUUGGUUAUUAAGCUUCUUUUUUUUUUUCUGUACUCGAUUCGUUCGUUCGUUUCUACAUAAUAUUCAAUUUGUCAUGAAACCGUCACCAUGCCCGUCGCCGUCGCGUUAUUAGAAAGUCGGCGCAGACUUUUCCCUACUGCCGUCGUCGUUUCACAUCACCGCGGCGAGUCGGACUGCUACAAAACCAUCGCCUCGCGUUAUUUUCCCACUGCACCGUAAAAAUCCUGCUGCCCGGAUUUUCGUAAGAAUGGAAGUCGUCGCGACACGCGGGGGUAAUUAAACGCCUGCCUACCGUUACAUAAAAUGUGUUUUUUUUUUCUUUUUUUUUUUUUCUUCGUCGGAAGCCGACGUUUGUAAUAAGUUUUCCGUCUCUGUCUGUUAAACAAGCGCUAUCGCCGGUUGGCUAACAAGAGGUGUUGCGCCGAGUAUAAUAAUUGUUCGGCUAAAGACCGGAACAACGACACUGUCGUGGCGGGGGCGGGCCCCCCUCGUGUAAGAGCCGUGUGUAUUUUUUAAACAUUUUUAUUCUUUUUUAUAUAUAUAUAAACGUGCAAACUCGCGCCGGCACAAAGAUUUUUAUCGCGCGUCGCACAGCGCCAGAAUUUUAAUCCGAAAAGCGGAGUUCACGCCUAUACGUAGACACACAACACGCACAAUACGAACGAUAAUGGACCUAAUCUCUAUUAUAAUUUCCGGCGAGCCCGAGGAAAAUAAUAAUAAUAAUCCGGUCUGGUAUGCUCCGGGAAUCUUUUUGUCGGCCAUAAUAUUAUAUUAACACCCGUGCGCUAUAAUCACGACGAUAACGUUUUUUCAUUUUUUUUUUUCGCUUCAAUAAUAAUAUCGGCAGGCAAUUUUUCGACAUAACCCUCGAGUGUUUGCCUCGUAAAAUUCGCAAGAUCCUAACGCCAUCGUCGCAUUGAUAUCGCGUCGGUAACGCGAAAUCUAAAUUUGUAAAUGUUUCCAAAACAGGCGUGUCUGUAUCGAUGACAAUACCGUAACAAAACAAACGAUAAUAAUAAAAAUUACAAAUUUACAAUCGUACAAAUUAUAUUUAUAGAAAUAAUUAAUAUCUCGUGUUGUAAAUCAAAUAUUUUCCUUUACGGUUAACGGGAUAUUAUAAUAUUUCCGUUUUAUCAACAAUAUUAUCUUGUUUUUUUCUUUUCUGAUAGACCGAACUGCGAUAACGAAAUUAUUAUUAUUUUCUCUAUGAACUUCAAAACGUAAAUAUUAUUCAAAUUCAAAUAAACAAUAAUAUAUUUAUAAUGACAGUCACCUAUAAUGGCAUAUUUUUUCAUUUUUCUAUUAUUACCAUUUUAUUUAAUACCCGUUAUCACGCAAUUUUCAUGUAGAGAUAAUAAUGAUUUGUACGAUUGUGUAAAACCUAGGUAGAUAAAAAAAGUAUAAUAAUAUUUUAUUAUAUUGAAUGGAAAAUUGUCAAACGUUAUUUUUUUGGUUAUUAAUAAUAUCCCAGUAAAUAUUUCAGAAUCUAACACAGGUUAGAUUUAUGCGCAUAAAGUUUGCAUUUUUUUCGAUAAAUUUAUCGAACAAACGAAUAAUAUUACAAUAUAUUAUAGAAAAAAAAAAAAAAAAAAAAGGAGAAACAAGUAGACACGUUUUAUAUCGAUGUACCUUCCCCCGUACCUACCUAACUAUUCCCGCCGCAUUAUAUCGACGAGAAUCUGAGAGAAACGGUUAAAAGUUACUUAAUUAAUAAUUAUUAUUUGUAUACGUCGACCAAACCGAGACGGUAUAUAUUGUACAGUACUAUGUAUAAAGUUUCUGUUUGGAUAUUGCGAUUUUUGUUCUUUGUUUUCCGCGCAUGUUCAGAGAGAGUGGCUAUAUUAUAUAAAAAUUGAACGAGGAAAAUUUAAUAACAAAUAUUAUACAUUUUUAAUAUAUUCUACGUUUUUUUUUUUUUUUUUUCUCUCUACAUCCAUUUUCCUCGUUUAUUUAUAACGUAUAAAUUACAAUGUAUUAAACUCCAGUUUAUUCCCUUCCUACAUAGAUAUUUAUUAACAAAUACGCAUUUGUAAAUCGUAGCGCUCGUCGAAACGUACCUGUAGGCUAUGAUAAUGUGUCAUCUUUGUUAGAAUACUCGUUUCUAUAUUUAAACGCAGGCGAAAAUGAAAAUAUAAUAAAUACACCUGCUAAUAAGCGAAAUCUGCAGUUAUUUUUUUUUUCCGCGAAGGUUAUUCGCAAUAUUUUGAAACUAAAUUUAAAACAACACAAAAAAAAAAAACGAAUCACGUUUUAUUGUACACACCCGCAGCAUUUCGGUAUACUCGUACAGUUGUACCUACAGGUAUUAUAACAAUAUAAUUUCUGACGAUUUCAAUAAUACGUAAUGCAGAUCAUCAUAAUCAUAGAUCAUAGAUCAUCGCGUAAUAUACGUCACGAUAUUUAACAAUCGUGUUUUUUUUUUUUUUGCGAGUAUACUUUUCCAUUUCAAUACUGUUACGGUGGUAUAAAUAUUUUUAAAAUAGUAAACGCGUAUUUCAUACAUCCAUCACCCGUUGCAUUUAUACCUAAAUAUUCGUAGAUUUCAAUGUAACGUUAUUAUAAUACAGUAUCAUAUAAUUAUGGGUAUAGCUGACACUGUAAUAAUAAUACGUUUUUCAUUGAUAAAAUCGACAAUAAUAUUUGCCUUGAAUUUUUUUUUUUGUUUUUUUUUUAAGCCAAAAAGAAUACAAUGCGUACUUUAUUAGCAUUUAGCCAGUCAAGCACGCGGGUAUAUUAUUGGUAAUGCAUGAAUAAUCAUCGUACAUAAUUUUGUUGACAGAAAAUUCGAGAACGAUCUUUUUAUAAUAUAUUUUACAAUUCGAACACACGGGUUUCGCCGCGCGCGUCGUGUUUAAAGAAAUACCCGAUUGUUGGGGGGAAAAAAAAAAAAAUAUCUAAAUAAAUAAUUUGUAUCCGCGCAGACGGAAUGAGAGGGAUACACGACCUUUCUCCCCGUCAAUAUUUAUAAUAUAUAUAUAUUGAUAUUUUUAUCUAUUUAUUUGUAUAAAAAAAAAAAAUCUAAAUAAUAAUAGCACCUACUCGUAGUUCAAAAUAUCGUUAAACCAUCAACCUCGUCCCAACCCCCCGACAUUGACCGCCACCGUGGAACAGAUCGUAAAUACAAAUGCGAUGCACCUACUUACUGUUAGUUAUCUACCGUUCUAAUUAUGUGCUAUUAUUUACUACUCCGACACUAAUUAUAUUAUAAAGAACGAUAUUAUGCGUUAGACGUCGUUAUAAUAAUUUAUAUUAAAAAACCAUAAUAUCGAAUCAAAUUAAAUAACUGGGGUUAUGGGAAACCGCGAUAACGCGAUGCACAGCAGCAGGCUCUUUAUGCGAGACUACGCAGCCGUUAUCAUAGACCGAUAAAUUAUUGUACGAUGAAAAAACCCGACCUUUAACCGUGUAAAAAAUUUCAAUCCCGUGUGCAUACACACAUUAAUAUUACAAUAUGCUUACCGAGUACUCUUUGAUUCGAAAAAUAGUUGGACGUAGGCGAAGGAGAAGACGCGAUGAUUUGAGAAUCUAUUUUUCAUCAAAUUUUAAUAAAUUGUGUUUUUAACGUACCCCGCAGGCGCAACACCCGCAUCGGUAGUAUCGGUGUCGGUUAUUUUUGUUUAUUUUUUUCUAAUUUCGUCCACGCUUAAUAUUAUAAUCUGAAAAUGAUCAGUGAUAAAUUUGAUUUAAUAUCAAUUACCAUUAUUUGUUCGCGAAUAAUUUGAAAAUUCGUUACCUAUACCAACAUUAAAAGGAAGCUUGUUUUUUUCUACUUCUGAAACAUCGUUGAACAAACAUAGUAACAGCUAUAAAAAAAAAAAAAUAAAAAAAAUACUUUAUUUAUUGCCCUCGAAAACGUUCUUUUAGUGUUUUAGCAUUUUAUUCGCGCUCCUUGCAAUCGCUCUGUAUAUACGAUACGUACGCGAGUUGGAAUAGUAAUAUUGUUUAUCUAUACAAUAUCAAGACCUACGCCAAUGGCAGCAUGCACAAAUAAUAAAAAUUAUACCAAUAAUAUAUAGACUGACAAAACUCCCGCCCCGCAGCGGCAAAUAUCGCAGUGUCAAAACAAUAUUCAUAUUUUUAUUUCAAGUCCACGUGUCCGACAAAGAAGACCGAGACAUUUUUUCCCUCAGAAUGUCGUCCCACAUACAUACUUGCGAGUUGUCGGAGUAAUUUUUGUUUCCCCGCAAAACUUGGCGUGCCAAAAACUCCCGAUUUCAGUACCUAUAUAUACGCGGUGUGCACCUGUAAACGAUCUGAUUUCAUCAAUAUUAUCUUUCGGUUUAUUUUUUUUUUUUUAUUUUUGGUACUUUAAUUUUUGUACACCUAGUAUUAUUACAGUGUCGUCCUUGUUAUUUUCAUCAUCGUACGUUUUGCAGCAGAUUUUUGUACAUUUUAACAGCGUAAUAAUAAUAUUCACGUUAUCCGUUCACUGCAGAUAAACAUUUUUUUUGUAAGCAGUAAGUUUUUUCAAUCUAUAUUCGGGAUGCUGUCGACAUUAAAAAAUGAAUCCGAUUCAUAUAGAUUUGUUGAAAUGACUACAUGGUAAAUACGCAUUUUCUUUUUUUGUUUUUCAGUACAAUUUCCUCCGAAAAUAUAGAGACUGCUAAAAUGCCUUUUCUCCUCUACUUUUGUACACUUUUAAUGCCUUUCUAUGGACCAAAUGAGCUCAAACUCAGGAAUUAGAGUUGUUUUAUAGGCGAAUCGAAGUGAUAAAAAUUGUGUUGAAUUUCAGUAUAAAUUUCACCGUGUUAUUGCGGAAGAAGUGUGUAUUUUAGCGUCGAACAUCUCUGCAGACACCCCAAAUGAAGCCAGGAAGUAAAAUUUUGUAUACACAAGGCGUCAGCCCUGUGUAUACAAAAUUACUGACGUAUCGAGAACGUGUCUUUUGGAGGUUUUCACGUUCAAACUCCGCCCCUAAAAUUUUUGCACUCAAAUUUCACCUUUUUCUUUUUCGAAAGUAGUACUUAUAUACUAUAUCAUAUUGUAUUAUUAUAUAACCAAAUAAUGUAAAGUAUUCAGUUAUUUUGUUGUUUUGCAAAGAAUAUUUCCAUAAUACGAAAUACGUGGGAAGGGGAAUUCUACUAUAGUGUUGGAGUUUUGCCGCUCGUGGGUGUGCUUUUUUUUUUAUGUAAGACCGUACGGUGUUAAUAACACAAAAAUGCACAUGUUGUAUUAUUAGCUGCUACUAGGGCUUUUCAACGAUAUUAUGUUUUAAUAGGGGUUAUAUCGUUAAAUCAUAUGAAAAAAUUAGUGGAUUGGCUGGCCUCUCGAAUUUCCUUUCGAAUUGUGUAUUUUGACUCAUCAAAGUAAAUUCGCACAUAAUGUGUAUAAACUCAUAAAACUUUAUGAAUAUCAAAUAUAGACUUUAACUAUUAUAUAAUAUUGCGUUGAGCACUUAAAUAUUACAUCUAACAGCACUGCAGAAUUUCCAUCAACUGUUCCCUGGCUAAAAAUUUAGCCUUGGGUAAUUAUUUACAAGCCAUCGUAUCGUUUAAAAAAUAUAUUUUACAUACAAAUCGCAAGAAAGUCAUUUUAGCGAUUUUUACUUCGUUAUUUUUUUUUUUCGUACUCGAUCCAUCAGUUCAUUAUCGUUGUAAGUUCCGUUUACAUUGAGUAAAUAUUCGAAAAUAUCAUAUGAUUCAUAAUAUGCAGUGCCAUCACCCCAGCAGAUAUAUACAGUCAUUAUAUUUUCACAUUUUUUUGUGAGUUCCUAAUGUCAUAUUGUUCAAGCAAAUUGUUCUUCUAGUAUCUAUACAAAUAUGACGGAAAUGUAUUAUUUUUUUUUGUAAUCUUAUCAUUUAUUCAUAUACGCAAUAUUGACUGAUAUAAUGUGCUCGUGUAAAUUAUUUGCAUUUGGUCUAGGCAUACAUUAAGUAGGUAUAUACGUAGUGAAUGUAAACAUUUUACUAAAAAUAAGAGUUAAUACUGAGAAAUGGAUGUGUCUCUGAUAUAGGCGGGGAGUUUUAAAGAUAGGAUACCUACAUGAAGUUAUUAAUUUUAAACUAUAUAGAACGAUAAACUUUUUCUAACGAAAAACGAUUCUGAACGAAGUUUAAAUAUAUAUAUUUUGAAAUGCCAUAAUUUGCAUAAUUUUCGUCAAAAUUUGAUUUUAAAACGUGAAUAAAAAAAGACAUUUCGCUCAAUGUUUUUUUUUUACCACAAAGUAGAACUUAAAAUGAUCUUCGUGUUAAAAUUACAAGAAUUUUUCAGCCAAGCAAUUUUACCAUCAUAAAACCUAAAAAUGUUAAAUUACUAUAUAAAAAGUAUAAAAUCGCCAACAAGUUUUGAAAAUUUAAUCAUGCUCGAGAAAAGCCUAAUAUUCUUUGAACAUUUCAUUUUAUGAUAACUUUUAACCGAAUUACAAUGAAAAAAAAAAUCAUGGCAAUCGUGAAAAAUGGUGAAUCAGUUUAUGUCAUAAAAUUGUCCGUGUUCGCUAACACCUAUUAUUGAGAAAACUAUCAAGUAAAAAAAACGACUUUCAUACGCACCAACUAAAUCCAUAAUAUAGCGUUAAAAUUGUCUCGUUAUUUCUUGAUUCGAGAAGAUUUCUGGUGGAAAAGUUGCUCACAGAUACCAAAAAUAACAAACUCGCAUCAUAAUAAAACCAAUAUUAAUAUUGCUCGCUACAUUCAAACUCAAGAAAACAAUAAUUUAUGCAAACUUUUACGUUUUCCGACACAUACUGCAAAUGAAUACCGUGUCUUAUUCUCUACGAUUUCGUGAUGUUUUUCUAAAAAACGAAAUCCGCGAAAAACGGUAAUUUAUGUUAUUUUAAGAAAUCGUAUCUCAUUAUCGCAUCAGACAUACUAAACAAGUCCGUUAUUUUGAUUUUAAAUUUUGCACGGGAGAAAAAUAAAAACUUUAAGAGUAUUGGUAUAUCCAUUUGAAUUGUACAUUUUUUUUAAUGAACUAUUUAUAUAAUCCAAUCGAUAUUAAAAAAUAAUUUCGAAUUAGGAACAGAUCAUAUGCCAAUAAUAUAAUACAAUUUUCGUUGAAUAAUGAUUAGUACAAUACUAAUAAAUAAUUGUAUUUUUAUUUUUCAUAAGAUUUGUCAGUGUCGAAAAGAACCUGAAAUAAUCUAGUGGCGACAUUUUAGUUUUUCGCGUUUUCGUUUCAUUUUAGUUUAGCAAACAGGUCACGGGCCCAAGUAACUAUAUAGUAUAUAUACAAAAGAAACCGCUCACUACACCGCUCACCUUACAUUUUUAUCGAGUGCAAUAAUUAUUGUAAACUUACCCGAUUUUAAAAUGAUGUUAUAAAACGAGCGAAAAAUAUAGGGAAAAUUUCUAGAGACGGUUGUCUUAUAUCUGCAGUCUGAUCAUACAUCCGGUCGUGAUAGUCGUGAUCUGCGAUUCGUAGGUACAUUCUGGUUUGAGAUAACCUGACGCUCGCACUUGAAAAACGUUAAUGACAUCGCCUUUUUUGACAGAAAAUAAUUCGAAUGAUAAAAAAAAAACCCCCGGAAGAAAGUGUAGAGACGGUGAAAUAUCGAUGGCAAAAAUAAUAAUAAAUACCGUAAAUUCAUAAACAAUAUAAUACAACAAUGAUAUUUUAUCUUAAGAAAACCGCGCGAUAAUAAUCACCGCGCAUUUUUGGUGAACGGUAAAUUAAUAGCGAAAUGUUGGCAGUUGGCAGUUGGUAGAACGACCGGUACAAAUUAUUUCGCGCAAUCAAAACGGAACGUCUCGCGUUCAAAACGCGCGAGACGAAACGACACGGCGAGUUGAGGCCUGCCCUUAACACGCCAGGUAUUACCUUGCCGGGGUCCACAACUCGCCGCGUCAUGUGAAAUCCUUUCGUGAUUAUAGUACGGACACUGAUAAGAUAUCAGGAUAGAUAGGUCCGCCGUCGUGCCCAGUUAUUAGCAAAUAUACCGCGUCCCGUCCACCUCCGAACGACACCGCUGAAAUAACCCAUGUAAUCAUUUAAUCGUCCGGACACCGCUUGUUUAAUGUUUUCACCCGUAUUCGGUACGUACGCUAACGUACCGAAUAAGUAAACGAGUGGUAAGGAAUAAUUGUUCCGAUAUCGAACGUCGUCAAUGCCAACAUUAAUUAUUAGACCGCUACGACUUACAAUCAAUUAUACGCAUGCGUACACUCCAAAUUCAACUUGUAAUCGCAAACAUUGCCUGUCGUUCGUAAAGUAUAUUUAUUGUAAUUAAAUUAAUAAACAGUUAUAUUGGUUUUUAUUAUAAUAUUUUACUGUUGUCUGUGAAUAAUUUGUAUUCUAGUACGGACCGUAUUGCAAAACAAUUAAGUGUAUUUUUGACUAUGACGGACAGAAAAAAAUAAAAAAAAAAAAAAAAAAUAGAAAUCUUUAAUUCUGACCAUUAAUUAACAAUAAAACAGAAUAUAGGUAUAACCGAUUGUGUUAUUAUUAUUAUUAAAAUUUUCCGAGUCAGCCCGACUGCGGUCUCGCCAUUAUUAUCAUUCCUACUGGGCGUUAAAUCGGGGGGGGGGAAACAUUCCAAGGAGUCGCGCGCGCGUUGACAUUCUCCCUCUACACCGGCGACGCUGAUAAAAAUCACCAAAGUCCAGAAGAAACUCCAUUAAUGACAACAAUAUAAUAAUACAGGCGCCUAUAAUAAUAAUAUUCGCACGCCGCCGGAAUGAUAUUAUAUUUUUCGUAUUGUUCCACAAUAGACUUGUGCGGGUUUAUCGUUAGACGGUAUCGCAAAAAAAAACGAGUGCGAAACGUUAUAUUGUUAUAAUGCGCUUGUGUGUGUGUGUGUUGCGGCACACGGUACUUGGGCUGAUAAACACGUCUAAUUUACAGACAGUGUAUUUUUGUCAGCAGCUUCCACACACAUACACACAUGCACGCAUACGCACAUACACAAACACGCGCGCGCACAGAACCCGACACGGUUGUUCAUGACUUGAAUUUUUUUUUUUUGUCGAUUAUUUUUUUUUUUUGCCUAAUAUUUAACAUAAUAACACGCUAGUUCUUGCACAACGACAACAACGACACCGACAACGACAGUAAUUACACUAAAAACGAUAUUAUUAUAAUGGCCGCGUUCGUUGUUGCAGGACAUGCCCAUCACCGACGACCAAGUGGCCGAACUGUACGGUGAAGGCGCCCGUAUCCACAGCGUGCACCACAGGCCCAGGCCCGAGCAGUCCGUGUUCGCGUCCACCAUGUCGUCGAACGCCUCGGUGGACACGACGGUGGGCUCGACCGCGGCCCUCAUACACAGCCACGCGGCCAAAAUCAAGAAGAAGAAAUACGCGUUCCUCAGGCAGGGCAACCAGCAGACGGCGUGCUCGGGCAACGGGUACACCACCGGCCGGCACAUCGGAUCGAUGAUCCACAGUCAAAAGGAGAAAAACCUUUUGCUCGCCACACCGAACGUGCCGAAUUUCAUUGACCACAUACUUAAGAAAAAACAGGCCAUCGUCGUGGCGCAAUCGUCGCCGAAACGGCUGAGCAGCGACGACGAGGACGACGACGACGACGACGACGACGACGACGUCGUUCCCAUCAAAAACACCACCAAAAUCCGGACGCCGCAGAACACAUACGUUCCGCAGGUAACGAUCGUCGUGCAUUAUACUUUCAGGAUGUAUAUUUCGGGAGGAUUUUCGUUUUAAGUUGGGGGCGUGUUUUGGCGAUAUUGUUUUACGGCCGCGGUUAUUGUUUGACGUCUAACCGAAUGCGCUUUUCGGCAAACAGGUAACCGCAGAACCGGCAAACAAUUCAAAACUGCGUUUACAGUCUCCGGUAAACGGUAUACGGUAUGGGGUUGAAAAAAAAUAAACGGCGAUAUUGUAACCGAGUAGUAAACAAUGCGAUAAACCGUUUGCCGAAAACCGCAUCGCCGAAACACCGCCUGUGGUAAAUUUAUUAUAAUAUUAUAUUGAAAACCGAUUGGUACCGCACAAAAACAAACGAAAAACAUUUGUCGAUAUUCUGCAAGAUUCGAUGUAUUUCCCGUUAUAUUUUCAUCACUCUCCGGAUUUUGUUUUUUUUUUUUCUGCAACAUAUUUCUUCUGUAAUUUGUGUAUUAUUUUUUUUUUUUUUGUUCUGUUCAUUCGCUCUGACCCAAAUAAAAUCGCGCGCAUUUGUGUGUAUAAUAGCGUCUGUGUAUCGUAUAUUAUACGGUAUAAGGAACGACCUCGUUUCGUCUAUCAAUUAAUUCGAAUUUGAUGUAUAAUCGAUGUUACGAUGGCUUUCCGAGGAAAUUAUUUACGCUGCAAUAUUUAGUCGGAAGCAUCAGACGUACUCGCGCGGUGUAUUUAUUUCACUAUAAUACACACACGUCCAUCACAUAGGCGGGCCAUAAUAGGUACUGGCCGUCAAUCGUGAUCGGCGGUGGUGGUGUUUAUUAGGCGCGUAUCAUACCACCUGCGUUCCGGUCGUAUUUACAUAGUGUAUUAAAAAUAAAACCAUGGCCCAGCAAUUCAACAGAACCAUGUCGCUGAGGGCCUGGCCCUCGAUGUACGGCGAUUACGAGUUUAACGACGACGACGAGGACGAAGAGACGAAAGCCAAUUGGGAACAGGUAAAACAAAAAUAAUAAUAAUAAUAAUAGGUAUGGCUGAAGAAGAAAAAACGAAUAAAAAAAAAAAAAAAAAAGUAUAAAAAAUUGUACGGACCGUGUGCAAGGAGGUUAUUUGCGCAAUUCACGAGUCCUACAUCGCGCGUACGCUGCAGUGCACAGUGUACGAUAAUUACUAUCCGCGCGCACACAUGCCUAUAUUAUACGCGUAAAUGCGUGUACGCGCGCACAUACUGGUCAUGGUUCGUUUACAAGUUGCUCAUCACGUUCACGGACGUGGUCCCGAGGUCGCGGCGCGGUUAUUCUAGUGUUCGGCACUGAAAAUAGAUGUCGGUGCCUCGAAGGGAUACCGCGGCCCCGUCGCGUCGCGGCCGACGGUCGCUGACGGCGUCCGACGGAGAUGCGUGCGGUCGGACCGCCCCGCGUCGUUCGCCGCGGACGCCCGGACCGCCGAUGUCCUCCGGGACCGUCGGCGGCUCCGGGGGCCCCGCGGCGGCGGCGGUUUUCACCGGGCAAAAUCCGAUAGAGCCCCGUUCGUCGUGCGGUUCGUCCGGUUUUGUCCGUCGCCGUCGAACCGCCGCGUCCCGUCGGUCCCGGACGCGCGUCCGACUUUGAGGAACGGCGUCCGCCGCCCACUACCGCCGCCGACCCGCGCCUACAAUCCGAAACUGCCCUUCCCGCAUGGCAUACGUGUACAACGUUUCCGCGUGUAUACAAUAUUUCCGUGUAUGCACGGUAUACGGACGUGUACGGGCGACCGCGCCGUGUAUGACGUCCGCGCGAUAUUACGGCCGCGCGGCGUACCGCGCGCAGGCGGUAUUUGGUCGGGCUGGAGUUUUUUCUUGCGAACCGGGUUUCGUGUUUCUCCGCCGCCGCCGAGUUUAUUAACAAUCAAUAGGUGAACAACCACAAUAGUAUCGUCGCGUGUACCGCGAUUCCCGCAGCAGACAAUAGCCGGGCGCAAUGGGUAUCAUGUUCGGUUUUUUUUUUGUUUUCCGUCGUGUACGUGCGUGCCGCAUGUGUGUUUCAACGCGUUACAAACAAUGUUCAUUGUAACCGGAGACAUUCCAAAAGACAUUUUUUCGUGGGUGCGCUAAAAACAACAACAACAACAACAACAACAACAACAACGACGACGACGACGACGAAAAAUCGAAUCGAAUGGACGAUUAUUUCGUUAAAACGCGAACAAUUUUUUUUUUUUUUUUUAGAAUCGCGCGCGUUUUGUUAGCGCGUGAGACGUCCACGCGAAACAAAAAAAAAAAAAAAAAAAAAAACCUUUUAAAUUUACGAUUAACUAUAAUUUUUUUUUUUUUUUUUUCAUACAUUUCAUACUUCUAUUUAUUUAUUUAUACUAAUUUUUUUUUUUUUUUUUUAGUAACAAUAAUGCGCGUUAAAACCUAGGCAAACCGUUGAAUAUCGCACACUAUAACGUUUAUCUAACCAAUUAAAUCUCGAAUCGCGAACGUCUAAAGGUGUAUAUCAUAAUUAUUACUGUUAUUAUAGUAGAAAUCGCAAUCCAAACGCAUUCGCAACGACGAAUAGCAUAUUCUAUGUCACGAUAACACGACGAUGUAGUUUGUUUCGUUAAAGACGGUAGGUUUUCGAAUCGCGGCGUUCGACUGAAUUCGGAGUUUUUCUUCUACAUAAUAUUGUCUGCGCAUACUAUUCGCACGUAUAUUACAAGUUUACUCUGCCGCGCGCUGAAAAUUCCGAAUGUAUUUUAUCCGAUUGUAAUAUCAACACAAUACGCGGUAUCUGCCCGGGUCGAUAAAUAUUAAAUUUUUCAACGAUAUUCGGCGUGUCCGUGUGAUUUCCGCGUCCGGUUGCGUAGUAAUUAUUGUAUACUUAUCGAAUUCGUUCUUAAAGAUAUGAUAUCUGUAAACGUAUCUGCGCUGUAGAGGAAAAAAAAAAAAAAGGUAGAAUAAUAAUUUCGUUUUCGAUUAGAACGGUCGGCGAUGAGAAUCGACGGACGGCCUUUUUUGUUUUCGAUAUUCGGAUAACAAAUGACGUCCAACUGUGUGGACCCGGUAACGGGCGCGUCGGUCAGUUUCGAUUUUUCAAAAACAUAAUUUCCGCGAGGCGUCGGCGAACGCAACCGGAACGCGCGCGGACGGCCGUUUGUUUGCCUAUACGCCAGGCGCGUGUCGCGAUUGCCACUCGUGCCGUCCGUGUGCGGCGGCGGCGGCGACGACGCGGUGUCGCGCCGCAUAUUAAAACGAUACAAUUGUUCGCGACGGAAGGAUCGUCGGCGACCUCGGUACGCGCCGCAGACCGUGGACAUUAAUCGGCCGUAUAAAUCGGAAUUAUCGGGAAAAAUUACGCGUGCAAGUGGUAAUGUAAUGUUGUGCGGUCUCGUACCGCGCGGGAACGUAUAAAUUUGCGCGGGCGGCCGCAAGGUCGCAGGGGUGGUACGUGACGCGAAAAUGCAAAACCCGAGACUGUAUUAUGUUAAUGGACUCCCCGGCGGUUUUCUGUGUAACGGCGGCGCGACAAGAAGCGAAAAAAACGCGCGCACACUGGCGAAAUACAAACGAACAAAAAACCGUGCACGCACACCGCGCGGUAUAUUAAAAAAAAAAAAAAAAUAAAAAAAUAAAUAAUACUGUUUUUCCUAUUUAUUUUUUCAAUUCACCGAAAUAAAUAUGUUUAAAAAAAAAAGUCCGUGUGUGUAUGCCAAAGGUCGAGCCGGGCAAAAUAUUAUUAUCAAUUGGUCCGAGAAAUACCAAUACCCUCUGCGCGAGUGAAUUAAUGACACACUACUAUUUGGUCGUGCGAGAACCUUGAUCUUGCAAUUGACCCGUAGCUGGUAGGUAUGUUACGAAAAAAAAAAUAAAAAAAUAAAUAAUACUGUUUUUCCUAUUUAUUUUUUCAAUUCACCGAAAUAAAUAUGUUUAAAAAAAUAAUAACAAUAACGAUAUUAUCUAUACUAAUUUGUCUGUUACACACUAAAAAUAUACUGCAUAUGCGCAGAAGAUGAUAAUUUUUAAUAUUUUGCAAAAACAUUAUUAUUUGUUCGUACUUGUAAUGACGGAACUGUUGUGUUUCCGACCGCGUAUUGUCGUUACAAAACGAAAAACAAAUGCGACACCCGAAUAAAUACAACAAUUUAAAAAAUAAAAACAAAACGAAAAAAUGCCAACGGGAAAACAAUUGAUAGAGUUAUUGAUUUGUUUUCUCCCGUUUGCGAUAAAAAAAAAAAAAAAAAAAAAAACGGUAACACAACAAUGUUUUAAUUGAAAACCGAUUUGAAUUUCGAUUUUCGACGCAGUUUUUUCAAAAACAACACCGGCCAACAAUAUAUGUACUACGUACGACGGUUUAACUGUUACGAAAUGAUUUUACAUUUUUUCCUUCCUAAACAGCGAUUUUUUUUUUCAUUUCGGAUUUCCAUAGUACAGGUACAAUAAUAAUCCGCGUUGAUAUUAAUUACACAGCGAAUGUAAAUUAUAGACAGGUGCGUUUAAAUAGUAUAUAUAGAUAUAUUUUUUAUUUUUUUUUUGUCUCAUUAUCGUGAUAUUCAAUACACGAGUAGAUAAUGAUAAUGCUUAAAAAGUAUUUCUUAAUUUAUUUAUACCGAUGCAAAUUUUCAUGCAGUUGCGUAACGCAACAAUGUACUCGAUGAAAUAUUUUACACAUCGCGGUAAAACUGUUGCGACACAUUGCGGCUACCCGGCGAAUACAGAAACAAAACCGCGAAUAUCACGAAAAAGCGAAACAAGCGCGCGCAUCACCUAGCCGGACGUACAGAAUUAAAUGCGAUUUUCAAAGUCCUACGGCGGGUUUUGCGUUCCGUUACCCGUUGUCCGUUCGUACAAUCGAUUUUCGACCGCACUGUUACAGUUUUAUUAUUAAUUUUUUUUUCACGAUGCGAAUUUUUUAUACAAAUGAAAAACGCGCGUCGGCGCCAAUACGAAACGUUAACGUUCUGAAUUAAUCUCAAACCAAUGAAACGUAAUUAAAUUAACGUAAAUUGAACGUCGACGUUAUUAUAUUAAUUAUAUUAAUUGAAUAAAAUUAUAUACGUAUACACGUAUGCGGUAUAAUAUACGCUCUCGACCGUACGGUCAAUUAUUGUUAUUAAAAAUUUUAAAUACGCCGAUUGUAUUUUCGGAUGAAAAUAUUAUUACACAAUUACACAAUUACACUUUUUACAGUUUCGUCUUGAUACAUAAUAUUUUUGUCGAUUUUCAAUAAAAACAAUUUCCAUUUUCGUUUACAACGUAACUCCGAUUUUCAAGCGUGUAGCGUCUUUUCUGAAAUUCGAUCUAUUCGGUGUAUUGGGAAAAUUAUUCGUUUUUAUUUUUCAUUACAGUUUUCACGAUAGUUAUUGGGAAAAGUCGAAUAAUUUACCGCGAUAACGGUUCCAUGAUUUUUUCCUUUGUUCGUUUUUUGUUGCUAUUCGGGUAAAAAUCGUACUGACCCGACAUUUUUACAGAGUACUUGUGUUCCUCGUAUAACCUUCCGCGGUUUCACUUUAAAAACAUUCCGGUUAUUUUCGAGCGAUUUGUUGUGCGCAUUUGACAUUUUCGAGUUUGUAUUUUAUUAUUAUUAUUAUUUUUCUUUUUUUUUUUUUGUAAUUAAUGUUUAUUAAACAACUCUGACUAAAAUAUUGUUGCACAAACAACUAAAUACAAUAUAAUUUAACAUAUUAUAAUAAUAAUGUUAAGACGAUCCGCGGGGAUUUGUUAUCAUUUGUAUGUGUGUGUUAUCAAUACCAACGUUAUCGUAUUUAUUAUACCGUUUACAGCACGCCUAAUUAUGUCACGUUUGUCGGUACCUGACUUAUUAUUAUUAUUAUUUUAGAUUUGAAACGGACAUACGUAUACGUUUAUACAUUUGCAUACUUAUAUACUUUUGACCGUAAACAACUACCGAAACAGCAUUAAAAAAAAAGCGCCUGCGCUUUGUCUGAUUAAAGAAAAAAAAAAAAUGUAAAAAAAUCCGAUAACGACACCAUUCGGGAAAUAUUUUGUUGUUCCCGAGAAUAUCAUACAGAACGACGAGAAGUCGAUUUAUAUUUAAAAUUGUGUUUUUUUUCGCAUGUCGUGUAUCUAAAAAUAUUAAUUUAACAUUCUAAAUUCUUUCAUAUAUCUUAUACCUGCAGCCAUUAUACCAUGUAGGUACUCAGUUGAGUGGUGGUAAAUUGUGUGUUUUUCUACACUUGCAUAGAUUCUGUUUGGAAAUUCGUAGGUGGUUUUUUUUCGUAAAACGUGUCGACUAAUGAAAUUACUGCAUUAUAUUUUAUUAUAAAAUGGAGGCAUAUAAAUCGUGUUUUUUUCGUAAUAUUCGCAUAAGUAAGUACAUGCAAAUUAGAAAUUAAGCCUUAUCAUCGUCGUACCGUGUAAAAUCGUUUCGAAUAAUACGGUAAUAUGUGCAAUAUUGAUAAAAAUUCUCAAAUUAGGCAUUUGAUUGCGUAUAGACAUUCGUGUAUACGUUUACUAUUCAAUAUUAUAAUUAGGAAACGGAUUUAUAUUAUGUACUUAAAAUUCACAAAACUGCAUUUAAAAAUGUCGUAAAAGCUCUAAAAAAAGUCACUUAAAAAAUAUUCAAAAGAGCAAUGAAGACAGAGGGGUUUAAAAGGUUUCUCGUCUAUUGUUUUAAACUUAUUAAAAAUAAUUUUUUUUUAACGCUAAAAGAACGAUUAGUACACAGUAAUUGUCUUCAAAUAUAUUUUUACGUGUUAUAAAAAAAUACUUUAUGUUAAUCAUUUGUCAGUGUAAGAAGAUUGUAUUUAACAGGGUUAGAACCGUUAAAGCGGGGACUUUGAAACACCUUUAUUAUUCGCUUUUUCGGAGAUUUUAAGUAUACACUUAAAUCCGCACUUUAAUUAUUACAUAUAAUAUAACGCGGUUCGAAAUAUUAUCCCAGGUCGUGAUGUAAUAAUGUACAUAAUAUUAUAAUAUCAUAUCGGUCGAUUCAAGAAACAACGCGAAGUACGUUUUCAUUCGGUAUUAACGAUACAUAGGUUAACAAUUUAAAUAGUAAAUUAAUAAUACGUAGAUAUAAUUAUGUUAAUUUGUUUUUUAAAUUACAUAAUUUUACACUUAGAUUAUCUGCGGGACAACGUCAAUUAUCAUUAUUAUUGCCCCAUAUUACUUGUUUACUCGAUCGAAUUUUCUCUUUUUAACAUUUUAAGAAAUCAUUAUUAAUAUCACGAUAAGACGUCAUCGCGGGUGAAUGUAAGGAAGUUACCUUAUGCGAUAUUAUAAUUAUUGGUUGGCGGUGUAGUUAUGUACAUAGGUACGUUGUCAGUGAAUUAACAUCACUUUCUCGCGGUAUUAGGCGUCGUUACUACUGCAGAACAGUGUUCUUGAUCUUAAAACCGUUUUUUAUAAUUCGUAUAAUUAUUGUUGCGUAGGCACCCAUAAUAUAUUAACAAUUAGAUUUAUGAAUAUUUAUUUACUGUUUUGUUUUUUUUUCCACUAAAUGUCAUUGUCGCCGUAAAAUUCGGAUACACAUUAUUAUAAUAAUAUCGCAUAUACGGUCAUUUCCAUAAUGCGACUGGCGUAUGUAAUUAUUUUUAUUUUUUCGUUUUAUAAUAAAUUACCGCAAUAUGCCGUAAUUACUUUUUUUUUUUAAUAAUCCACGACGGUAAAACAAUUAUUUUUGUUUUUUUAAUUUUUUCCGUGUAAAUCAUAUUGGUGGCCGGUGAUUCCGUUUUUAAAUUUUCACGUCGUUUUUGUUUUUUAAAAAAAUAAUAAUAAUAAUAAUAGUAAUCAAAAUAAAGUUUCUUGUGCGGUUUUAUUGUUUUUUGACACUGUACUUUUAUUGCGCCGUUUCAAUUUUGACAUAGGCAAUCAAACGUUUACAUCGGUACGUAGUAUUGCGUACGCGCCGCAUUUGCGGCUCAGUCGUAUCGAAUACGGUCCGCCGCCAUCGGCGCACGGUCAACGAUUAAAAUUAAGUUUUUGACUAUCUGUUUUAUUAUCUAAAAAAAAUUAUUUUACAAUUUAAUCGCGUCUUUGUGUGUGUGUGUGUGUGCGGCGCUACCACGAAAGGUAUUCCGCGAUUUGUUUUCGACUUGAACAAUAUUUAUCGUACAUACGUACGGGUACGUUGCGCAAUUCACUUCGCCUAUGUAGCAUGUGGAACGUUUAGGGAAAAACAACAAUUUUUCGAACACAACACCGAGAACAAUACAUGCUAUUCGAAAAACAUUCUGUAAAAAAACGUGUCGCACACGUAAAUCUCAUCACAUUAUUAUUUUGCCCAUAUUUCCAUAAUACAGCCUGUCUCGGCCUCGGCCCGUUUACAUUGAAUUAUUAUUAGGUACUCGUAGCUACAUAAUAUGUUAUGGUGCUUCUUCAAUGACAAUACGCACUCGCCGAAAUGUCGUGCGUCAUAAUAAUCGUAUUAUCGUUUUUCGUUUUCUCCCAUACGCGCGCGCACGCAAACCUAAUAAUUGUAGAAUUAUAUCGGAAUCGGAUCUGUUUGUCAUUUUCUCCGAUUAUAUUUCGUUCGAUCGACCGCCGUGUAACAAUAUUAUUGUGCAGAGUGACGGUAGGGAAAUAAUAAUAUCCAUAUUGAAAUUAAAAUUCUGGGAACGGCUCCGAAAUCGAAUCCAAUUCCCCUCUGAAAACUCUUUUUUGCCCUUUUUAGUCCGACCGUCGCCGUUCCUCGAAUACGGCUCGAUCAUCUGUAAUCCAAUCUACUACACCGAUGAAUCGAAAACUAUUGACGAAAUUCCGCGCAAAUUUUUGAGAUUUGCCGCUUGUACGCUUAAAGUCUACUGCAGCCCUCCACGUAACUUCACUUCUGUUCAACAAACCCUAGAUUUUCUCCCCGUGUCAGACCGUUGACAAGCUGCUGUUCAAUUAUGUUUUUAUUCGAGUUCAUUGCAUACGCUAUCGUUUCCCCAGCUACAUAACUUUCUCCAAUCAAUGCCAGUGUUCGUCUUACCCGGCUCUUGCUCCAACCGUCAAACAAAUUCUCCUUUAGAUCGACUGCGUUACGCGACUGGCGAACGAGAACUACCGCUACUCUAUAUUCAAUUUUUUUUUAAUUUUAUCUUAUGGUUUAGCAUAACUGACCGCUGUCGUAUUUAUUUUCCUUGUUCUUUCGAGCUUCGGCCUGUACAAUUCACAAUGUUCGGGGAAUUCGUCCUCGUCCUCGAACUUUCAAAAACAACGUCGAUUAUUUUCAUUUUAACGAAGUAAGAUAGUAAUAAUUUCCCCCGCUACAUACGUAAACGUUUUCUGGCGGCCAUUUAAAACCGUAGUAGGUUAAAAUAAUAUAACUUGAACUUGAUUAUUUUUAUUUUUUUCUAAAUAUCUAUAAUAAUUGUUAGUAUCUAUAUCAUUAUAUUUUAUCGAUAUCAUAGAGGUAAAAACAAUUGACUCAAGACAGAAAAUUCAAAUAUUUUAUCGGUGUCGAACAAAAACAAAUAUUUAUGUGCACAAUAUACAUAUUAUUUGUUAUUUCGUCGAUAAAUGUUUGCGUUUUUAUUUUAUUGGGAUAAUUUUUCUUUAAACAACGGAUAUUUUUCCACCGUAAAAAAAAAAGUCUUAUUUCGUCGCGAUUUAUCAUCGUCGAGACAUUUAUACAGAAAUAUUUAUAGAUACCUACAGCAAAAACAAAUUAAUUACGAUAAGAAAUAACUAUGACCAGUCUUGUUCAAACGUGUGACCGUAUCUGUGUACUUUAUCGCGCUCACUUUGUUGUACGUUGUCACAGUGCACCCGAUCCGUAAUGUAGUUUUGUUGGAAAUUUCACAUCUCUAUUAAGUUUCUAUCGAAUAUUUGUAUUUUAUCGUUGUGUGCUGCGAUAAAUAGAUAUUGUUGGAAAAACAAAUUAGAAACAUAAAACCUUGGAAAAUGAAAAAAAAAGGGUCACACGCAAUGAUAUAAUUUUACGAGGAAUGUCACUCAAAGUUGUUGCCGAUUUGUCAAUUUUUCAGACAUUCGAUAAAAAAAAGAAAAAAAAAAAUGCGCGCAAAUACUUCUGCGUUUCUCCUUAUCAUUAAAUUAUAUUUUCUCGUGUAGCAAUAAAACCGCUAAGGUUUUCUAAUUAUAGAGAAAUCGAAGUCGUUAUAAUAUUAUAAUACCAAUAGAAAACGUAUCGGGACAUCCCGUGUUUGUAAAUACGGAAGUAAGUCGUCAUCGUGUAUAAUUCGUUAAAAACAUUUCGUCGUUCACGCGUUUACACGAAAAGGAUCCCGUUUUUCUCCCCGAGUUCUCCGGGGCCCGCGGGACCUUUGAUCCGACCGCCUCGUCGGCAGGCGCCUGUUAAGGGAGCCCCCCGAGACAUAUUUCUCGGUCGUCCGGACGACUUACUAAAUAGCUACGAGCCCUAUGCGACAUCGAGACCCGUGCCGCUUUUAUAUCUCUGGGAGGAGGGGGGAGGGAUUGCGGGCUACAAAGUGCACAGCUAAAACCGACAGUGUACCGCUGCCGGGCGUCGUAUGCGAACCACCGCAAAGUCGAACUGCGAAAAGUCGCGAUGAGGCGAAGCACUAGAAUUCGCGGAGAUUAUAUUACGGGCGGGGCGGCCGACCGGUCCGGGUAAACUGCAGCGUGUGCGUGCGAGGGAAGCCGACGGGAACAACGCGUGGGCCGCACGGGCCGGGAUAGCGGCGCGGUGGCGGUGAGGGCGAUGACAAUAACGGGGUGAGACGAUCGGUGGCUUACCCGGGGGAGGCCGGGAGCACUAUAAGUCCUUAGCGCGGGGGGCUGGGGAAACCGUGCGUGUAUGUGUGUGUGUGUGUGUGUGUGUGUAUUAUGCGCACGCGUUCCCCGCGAGUUCGGCCGGUCUGUCUUGCCGCACCACCGUAGCCCUCUAGACCGCGUCGACACCCGAUACGCGCGGCGUGUAGUGCAUUUCUAGUGACCGCCCGCCACUGAAAUAGUGUUCCCGCGGUGCACCCGCCGUCCGAAAAUCGCGUGUGUGUGUGUGUGUGUGGGCGCGCGUUAAAAACCAUUAAUUACGUUUUAAAUGUAGUGAUUAAUAAUACGGUGUUUUCCGCGAUAGCAUUUUCGCCGUAUAGUUUUUUCGAAAUCUGCAAACACCGUUGCCCUGCCGUUCCUGCGGACGGAAAACUACGGUGUCUUCGCCCGGACGGUCGCGAGUUUAAAGAAAAAACAAAAAAAAACAAAAAUGCUCGCGACUCUGUCAAGUAAGAAUUUUCCGUAUAUACGGGGAGGGGGGGUGGCGACGGAGGGGAAAUGGUAACCCGAGCUCAGGACAAACGAUCGUUUUUUUUCUCUCGAUUGUGAUAUUAAACGGUUUUUUUUUUCUUUACCGCGAAAAUCGCGUUCGCCUUUUUACAGGCGCUGCAUCGUGCCGGCGGCGUCGUCGAUUGCGCCAGGGUCUAAAUUUGGCCGACAUUUCUCGGUGAUGGGCGACGGAAGACGAUAAGCGUUUGAAAACUGUUAGGAUUUCAAACGUAUUAAAAAAACACGCUCUUGUGGCGGUCGUGAGUACGCGUGAAUCCGUAUGUGGCGGGAGGGAGGGGAGUUUGAGCGGAGACGGCGGGCGCCCACUGUCUCGUUCAUUUCGAGUCAAUAAUAUUAAUACCUAUGCAAUAUCGUCGGUAUAAAAAUGCUCGGAUAAUACGCGUGUGGUGACACGCUACGACGCGUGUGAUAUAGGCGUUGGAAACUCGUGGAAAACAAUCGUAAUCUCGGAUGCGUCGAAAGAGCGAAAAAAAAAAAAACAAAACAAAAUCGAAUACAAUAUACUUAAGGCCUACCGUACAAAACAAUAACCCAAUCGUCGUAGGCACUCGGUCAAGUGCUUCUUGCUUCGCGGCUUAUUGUAAUUUUGUCACGCAUUACCGUCAUUACUCUGUCCCGACACCGUUUUCCAGUGGUCGGUUCGCGAUAUCUUUCGGUGGUUUAAUCUAUGCACAGGCACUUACGGCUCGUGUUAAAAUUGUAACAAGUUAUUAUUUUUUUUUUUUUUUUGUUAAAUAACAUAAUAACUCAUAUUUAUCUCGAAAAAAUAACAAAUGAAUCGAACGAGAUAUUACGCUGAAAAUCGGGUCAAGGAUCGCCGCGCAGAGUGAUAAUUUUUAUAGACAUUCGCAGCAAUUUAUAUUUAUUUACAUUGUAGGAAUGUGCUGGACAGUCGCGGGACAGUCGGAAAUUUUCGCGAGGGUUGACAUAAUUUUACAAUAAUAUUUCAUAUAGUUCGGUCGUCUUCGGUAACCGCCGCCGCCGCCGCCGUCGUCGUCGUCCUCUGCGAAUCCGUACGCACUACGAACGUAUAUCGACUAAAAAAAAAAAAAAAGACAAACUAAAGAUAACACAUUUUGUUUCAAUAUAUUUCGUUUUCGAAAUACUCAUUUUGAAACGCGUUGUCGAGUUUGCAGCUUUGGAUUUCUGCAUAUUACACGUAUUUUCGACGGCCGUAAUUAUGAAAGUUUUAAAAUCGCGAUUUUUUCACUGAAUUCCUCUAUAAAUUUCCUUCGACUCUAACUCGCUUUUUUUUUUUCGAUUUUCUUUUAUCCGAGUGCGCGAUCCGGGCCGGGGUCUUAUACACUCGUAUCGGGGACGAACGCGGAAAAAAUUUCGCAGGGAGGGAUUGACCCCCGCAGCGUUUACCGCCGAUCCGUAUGUGAUUCGAGAACACUCUCUAAAAAAAAAAAAAUAUUAAUUUGUCGAUAGAAACACGGAGGAUCACGCCUCGGGACCCUCUGUAUUAUGGGAGUCGAGUCUGACAAACGUACGCUACAUAGCGAAAUUGUUUAACCGAUUUUGCGUUUUUAGUUCAUAUUUUUUUUUUUUUUUUUUUUAAAUUAGAGCGAAUCGGCCGAUUUUCAAACAUUAUCUGUAACGUUUGUAAUGUCGAUUUUUUUCCGACAUUUUAAUUUUUUUUUUUUAUCGAGAUACAUAAGCCUUUUGCGAUAUUUCACACGCGCGUAUCUCGCUCGAAAUUUCGAGACGACAAAUUGCAGUUAGUCUCGGAACGUUUUUUUUUUUCCGAUAUCUUAUAUAUGACGAUGGUUUUGUCGACUUUUUCGAAAAUUUUAAAAACAGCUGUACACAUUUCUUUGUGUGUACACAUUGGCCGUCUAGAGGCAACAAUACUGAAAUAACAUGUUUUAUCCGUGGCCACUUAAAUAGUUAAUAGCGAUUCAUUUAACGACAUAUUUGUUAAUGCUAUUUUUGAUUCGGAAAAAAAAACAAAAAAAAAAAAAAAAAGAGAAGAAAACUGUACGAUGACGAUGAAAGGGCGGCGAAUUUCCUUCUGCUUACAGGCGGCAAAUUGACCGAUGGCCGAUAUUAUUACUGUACAUUGUGAAAAAGCUGAUCGGGUUAUUUCGGGGGCGCCGAGCACACCCCCCCCCCUCCACCCCCAAUACAGUCUCAAAACCGAACGCGAAUUCGCCGUCUCCGUUCUAAUGUACGAACGCACGCGCGUCAUCUUGAGUAUUAAUAAUCGCGCGUUCACCUUGUCCGCGCGCAAUCAGUUUUCGCAUGGGCAAUCGCAAUCAUAACAAGAAUAAUAAUUUAUCGCGCCGCGGUGACGGGGUGAUAAACGAAUAUUCCGUGCGAGUUUCUCGACGGCUGUUGCGAUAAUUUCCGAUUAAUCCGUACUAAUCCGUUAAAACAUCAACGUUUGUCCAUACAACAAUAUUAUAAUAUCGUAUUUUAGUCGUGCGCCCGGUACGCGUACCGCGACCGGUACGGUCGUUCGACUUUCGGCCUCCCUCGACGGCAAAACGUAACCCGAUCACGUCUCGGCGCAUUACAAUAUCAACGAUAAUUAAUUUCGAAUAUUUUUUUUUUUUAUAGCUUCCUAGUUGGCCGCGACUAAACGCGGACGCGCUCAAAAGUCCGCACUCGCAUUGUAAUAAUAAGAAUAACAGCGAUUUUUUUUUUUAAGGUCUAUUACGAUGCGCACGGGCGUAAUUCGGCGAACGGACAUUCGACCGUCGCCGGCGCGCACACUCAUCCUGAAUGUGAAUCAUUCGGGAUAAUCCUUACCGCCGAGGCCGUUCACAUAUGUAUUUACAUUCUUAAUAGUAAAUUCGCGUUUCGACGGCCCAUGACCGAAACGUGUCGUCUGAAUCGUGAGUAGCGUCGAUAUCGUUAAUGGUCCGUUUUCGAGUUCGUAGACGGCGUUUAUCAUCCGCGCAGAAAACGAACGGCGUCGCGAAUCCGCUUCCCGAAAAUGCCGCGCGUCCGUUUUAAACGAAAGCUUUAUGUACGGACGGUACGUAUAACGGCGAACUCUUAAAGGUCUCGGAAUCGCGUUUAGACGAUCGCGUUCCCGACGGUAUCGGCGCACUUCGCGUUAUGUAUUCAUCGACGCCGACGCCGUAAAGACGAUGAAGACGAGCCCUUUCGGCAAUGGUUUCGUUCCGCUUGUAGGCGGCGAGUCGUCCGAUCCGCCAGUGGUCGGUUACUAAAUGAAAACGAUUUUUUCGUUGCCAGACUACCGUUUUCGGGUGGGGGGGGGGGGGGGGGGUCGGCGCUAAAGACCCUCUAGCAAUAAUUAAAUAUAAAUAUAUUGAAGUAUUUUUCAAUGUUUCGCGUCACGGGAGGUCUUAUUAUAAUUUACCGACGGUUUAUUUUUUUUUCGCCAAACAUGCACAUAAUGUUUUCUUAAUGUCGCACAAGUGAUUUUUUCGAUCUGAUAAACGUUGGUGUCACGUAUAGAAUGUGUUUUUUACUUCUAAACGCAAUGAAAAUACGAGAGGGAGGAUUAGGUUUUCCAAUCACGUCCGAUAGCCACUAUAAGUAGAAGAUUAUGUCGUAUAAAUAUAAUAUCGUUUAUUAUAACCCGAGUCCUGCGCCGAAACCUCGUAAACGCGUAAAUUAGCAUAAUAUUUUCGUGCGACCGUGCGACUUUUUCGCGCGGUCGACGUUCCGGACGAUUCCGUUUUCGGUCGUUUCGUACACGUGCUCUUAUAUUCGGAUAAAAUAUCCGAGAAAAAUUCAGCGCACAGAAUAAAGAUUAAAAAAAAAAUAAAAAAAUAUCGCCGAAUAGAUGUUGUUAACGAGACUGCAUAACAAUUAUAUACUUAUGCGUAUGCCGCGGAACUCGUAGUAAACAAAUAAUAAACAUCGCAAACGCGGACGCGAACAUCGCCUUGAAUUUUUUUUUUGAGUUACCGUACCUACUUAUGUAUACACAUAUAUAUAUAUAUAUAACUAUAACACAUGAAUAGUAGUAAUUUAGUGUCGCUAAUGUCACUACUGUGUUUUCGAGGGUGUAACUAUUAGCGUGCAGCCAAUAACGUACCUGACGACGAAUAAUACGGCCGAGUCUCGUCUCGUCGCGGCGGAAAUCGCGUCCAUUUAGAAAGUUUACGGUUUGCAGAAAAACAAAAAAAAAAAAAAAACAAAAACAAAAACAAUAAAGGGUCCAUCUUUAUGUACGCGAGACUUUAAACGGAUAUAACAGUUGUUGAAGUUCGCGACGACAAUAACGAUACACUUACCUAUACAAACACCCAAAAGUGAGUGGAGGAGGGCGAAACUAAACUAAUCGGUACGUAUGGCGUUCUCUCUCUCACUCUCUCUCGUAUCCCAUUACGUUUUUCCGUAUACACAAUAUACACACACAGAUUCGCGACGGUAUUAUUAAAUAAAUUAGAUAAAUGUAAUAUAAGUCACCGGUUCUCCGUUUUAAUAUUACUUACGGGUACUGUUCAAUGCAAUAAGUGCGACUAAACUAAUAAAGUCAACUAAUGAAAAACGAUUUUGAGACUUUGCGUUUUGUCCUGCUUAAGGCCCCUCCGCGUUAUUAAUAAUACGAACUCCGCACUUCAAUCCGCGCAAUCUCUUUAUACGACGUCUUUUUUUUUUUUUAAGAUUGCAAGAUUCUUUUUUACCGCCGGUUUUCUUAUGGGCAUGUGCCGCCGGUAUUUGAAAUCGAAUAAAAAAAUCCCGAGUUGGACGUCUGUCGGUUUAAAAGGGAAACGGCGUACGAAAAACACCGAGUUAUCGAUGACGCGGGUUUUCCCCGUCCUCGCGGUAAAGUCGUCGCGUCCGUACCCCUCGACCCCACCUCCCCCACCCACUAAACGGGACCGGCGGAAAAGCUUUAUCGUCACGGAUGGGUAUCGUGUAGGCGUGGUCCGAAACGAAAUCGCGCGGUGGCGGACGUUUGGAUUGAUAAAUUUCGUAAUUCGAUUGCGGUCCGACGGGGUGAGGGCGGAUCAGUCGGUGAUGGAUAUGCGUAUUAACUCACGAUCGAGAUACAAAAAAAAAAAACCGCGGGGUGGCUACGCACCGCUAUUGUCGUAACGUUCGAGGCGGUCGUUGAAAACCGUAGAGGAAAUUCGGAAAACCCGCGCGCCCGGUCCCUUGUAUCAGCGGCGUAGACCUGUGUGGGCCUUUGGCCGUAUUUAUGCGGACGGCCGUAAUUUUCACUGCUUACACAGUUACGUGCGUCAGACUUCUACACGGCGUGCUGUAGAACCAAAGAUAGAACCAAAUGUGCGGUAAAAUACGCUUUAAAAAUUUAACAAACGGCACGUAAAGGCUGCGUUCCGCUAACACGGUAUGCUAUGACGGGGGAAAAAAAAACCCCCGUUAAAACGUGCGAAAAUGUGCACAAUCGAAUUCCGUGAUUCCGUAGAUUCCGUGUACAGCGCCGCGAACUGCGGGAUUUCCGUUUGACCCUGUUACUUCUAUCGGCGAAAGUGUGCCAACGCUGGUCCCUAAGUCCCUAAGCCUCUAUAGGCAUGCGUACACGUUAUACGCACACGAUAAAGUUUUACGUACGCGCACCGUCUAAACGCGAAAUAAAAACAACGCCCUCUUCACCCCCCCCCCCCAUUCACCACUAGAAAAAAUCCCGGCCGCGCCGCCGCCCCGUGUUUACGCGGUUCCGGAUUCCGUCGGAGGCGUUACGGCGACCGCGGGCGAACUUCUCGCAACGGUUUUCGCAGGCACCCGACGUACGCGGAAUUCGACUUCCGGCGCCUCCGGGAAAUGUCGAGAUCGCCGGCCAAGUAACGGGCGAGGGGGGGGGGCAGGGCAGGGUGCGUGUCCCUAAAAUGCGCUGUCCCGGCGACGACCGCCACCGAUCCGUAAACCCGUAGGUGCGCGAGCGUUUGUCGCCGCAGUUUUGUUUUUUUCGCGCCGCUCGCGUUUUCUCGCGUUCGGGCGUUCCGCGCGUAAAACGUUAACGCGGCCGGCGGGGCCUCGCGUAGAGAGGCGCACGGCUAUGUAAUUAAAUUCAAAACGAAAAAUUAUCAUAAAUCGUACUCGUUUUACUUACGACGGCGACGACUACCAAUUUGUUUUAAACGCGACGGCAAUUAACAUUUUGUGUCUUUAAGUCGCGCUGAAACCGUCGGCGAUCGAGCGGUGCGCGUAGGUAUAGGUUAAUUUUCGUUAAUUUUUCUUCUUUUUUUUUUUUUUUUUCUUCAAACCAAUAUUACGUGUGGCCGUGGUGUAGGUACAUUUUUUUUAAUAUGUAUUUGAAAAAAACAACUGGUUCGUGCGUAAUUUUAUUAUUAUUAUUAUUAUUUAUUUAUUUUUUUUUACACGCGCGUUAUUCCGAAUAAAUUAUGAUUAUCUAUCGGCCGAUUUUCUAAUUAAAUCGAGUUUGUAAUUUAGUGUGGGUUAUUGUGCGGUGUAUAGAGGGCAGUACGGCGGUUUUUUUUUUUUAGCAUAGAAACGGAUCGGACGAACACCGUAUAAUAUUAUAAUCCGUUACGGAGUUACGAUUAAACGCGCGGUUAGGGCCAGCAAAUAAAUAAUACGCGAUUUGCAUACGGCGGAUAAAACGCAAUAAUAAAAAUUCAACCGUCGUCGCGAUUUUGUUUUUUAAAUUUAAAACGCGUCAAAGAUACGAUCUCGAAUCCGCGCGAGAAUACGUAUCGACUCGAAACUCGUACCGGUUCGUCUUCGACGAUUUCGUUCUUCAAAAACGAUCGCCACUUUUAAUUAACACUGUAUUAAUUAAAGGCUAUUCCUGUGUGUAUUCAUAAUACACUCGUUCGCCUAAAGGUGUAAAACGCGUGACGUGCGAGGAAAUCCGUUUCUGUCGGCGUGAACAGAGCCGGCAAAGUCCGAAAAUUAACCGGGUGAACAACGGAAGUUGUUGUGCGUCCGGAAGACGUGUAGGGCCGUCACGUCCGUUUGUCCUGAGCUCGGGCGACCCGCGAGAAUCCGUCUCCGGGCCGUAAUGACAAUAUUCGGCUAUAAGACGCGCGAAUUGAUCGUACAGGUGUCCGCGGCCGCCGGUGCAGCUAGGGGAACCGCCGUCGGGACACCGGAAACCGCGCGUCGCGGCCGUCGGUUUCCGGACGACCUUUUACGACGAGUUACGCCCAUUGUUCGAUUUGACAAUAUUAUUAUUAUUGUCGUUAUAUAUAUUAAAUAAAUAAGUCGCGUACGACUACGACGGCGGCGACGGCGAUCGCCACGGCGUGCAGCAUACGGCGGUGUCGGCGGUGAUGGUGGUGCUCGGUCCGCGGCCACGGUGGUGGCGGCAUUCCGGAGGUCACGUCGUCGUGAAGGCAGCGGCGGAGGCGAAGGCGGCGGCGGCGGCGGAAGAAGAGUCCGCGGCGGCGGCGAGGGCGGUGGCUGCGGCGGCGGCCGCGGCCUGCGGUGGCGACGGUGGCGGACGUUGACGGCUGCACCGCGGCCCGCCGUACCGUUUCUGCUGCUGCUGCUGCUACAAUAACUAGUACGGGUGCACGCACCGCGCUCAGAACACAAGCGCUUCAGAAUCGGAGGCGACGGCAACUCACACGCUCGCACGCUGUCGUUAGCUUCGACUCGACCUGUUACUAUUCCGCCGCUUCGCCAUCGUCUUCGCUUUCGUCUUCGCUGCUGAACCACCGCAGCCACGCGCCCGAAACUUCGACACCGCCGCCGAGACGCGUCGACACAAUGGUGUUGCUGAGGACCGACACCCACCGGCACAUACGGGUAGUGCACCACGACGGCCCGACACCCAAGUCGACGUUAAACGCUUCGCAGGUACAUAACAAUAAACGAUAAAAUAUCGGUAAAACGCCACAAGUUACCGGACGGUUUUAUUUUUUUUUGAUUUUUUUUUUUUUUUUGUCUCCGUUUUAUUUUCAAAAAAAAAAAAAAAUCGUAACGUCACCGCGCUUUUGACAUUUUGCUCCGGCAAGAUGUUACACUUUAACACUUGAAGCGUGGAAUAAUGUAUUAUUCGUUACACGCAUAUAAUACAAAAACGUAUGCGUAAUUUAACCGGACAACAUCUCAACGGAAUAAAACAUUUUUUAUUUUUGUCUAAUAUUUUAUUUAUUUGUUCAAUCCGUCGUCGCGUAAUACUUUUCACGCGCGACAAAUGUUCGGUAAGGAAAAAAAAAAAACGCGGGGUUUUUUUUUUCUCUCUCUCUCUCUCCCCGGCCCCGACGACGACGCGUUCGCGAACCCCGCGAAUUUCGUUUCGCCGAUUCGCAUUGUUAUCAUCACGAGCCUUUUAUACUAAAAUUCAUCUGUUCCGUCCAUAGCUACGCGCCUGCACGACCGCCGCAACCGUAAACUUUUGAGAACGGCACGUUCGCCCGAGUGCGCCGCGGUGUGUACAAUAAUACGAUAAAUAGUUUCUCGGUAAAAAAAAAAAAAAGAAAAAAAAAAAUAAAAAAAAAAAUGAUUAUUUUUUGUUUUGUUCUUCUUCUUUUCUUACCAGACGCCCGGAUUUUUUUUUUUUUAUAUACGUUUGUUUACGACGAAACCGCGAAACAUCCCGCGCGGACGUGUUUACGACGACGACGCCGACGUUCGGUCGUAUCGUAUAAAUAUUGCGCGCAGAACUCGUGUCGACGGCGGUGUAGGUAUGGAGACGGCGAAUUUUCGUAAACCGUUCGACCGGAGCCAAAUACUGUCGGAUGGUGAACAAAAAAAAAUUAAAAAACCAUCGUAAAUAACCGAUAACAAUAAUAACCGUAUUAUUACGCGAUUUUUUUUUUUUUUUCUCUCGUUAUAUUCGCAUUUACGUGUAGCGUAGGAGUAGUUUUUUUUAUUCACAUUAUAGAAAACGCGUCAACGACGACUCGGUUUUGUUUCGCGGUAGCGUCGGGGUUGUUUUUUUUUUUUUUUUUUUCUUGACGUCCAGAGGCUCGGUUUACGGGUUAUUAUUGCGUACGCGAAUCGUCUUCGCCCAUCGUAAUACGACGCGAUCGUAAAAACGUAACGCCGGCGGAGACCGUGCGACCGUAGUAUAUAAUAUUGUCCGUCGCAAGUGCUUUCGGAUUUUUAAAAUAUUAUUAUUUUUUUUUUUUUGUUUUUCUGUAUACGUUCCGUCGAUACCCGAUACCGCUGUCACUAGGCAGUAACGCGGUUUCCGUCAUAAUAACAAUAAUAAUAAUGAUCAAUUACACGUAAUAACGCGCGUCUGUCCCGAGUUUUAAACGCAGGCCGCCUCUUUAAUACGUACAGCGCGUACGUGUGGGUUUUUGAGCGCGCGAUCGUUUCGACGACAAUAAUUUAAUUAUCGGUUACCAAUGUUUCCAAAACGAUCGGCGCAGAGCCGCAGAGCGCGCGCGCGUUACCGACAUUCGUACACAGCGCGGCGCAUUUUCGAACGGCGUAAAAACACGCGUCGCGCGAUAAUAGUUAAUCACGAUAUUAUCGUAUCGUUUUCGAUUCGGCCGCGCGCGCGCGCUGAAAUCGUCGGUACCGGGCCGCGCACUCGAAUGCGUAUUAUUGUUAUAACAAUAUAUAUUAUUCAAUUUUUCGAAUAUUUCUAUUAAUCUGCGUGCACGGUCGCGGCCGCGUCCCGCCCGACGUCACAAGGAAAAAACACGCGCGUAUUUUUUUUUUCUAGCGAUAAGUAAAUCGUCGCCGCUGUAUUUUAUUACGCGGCGUCAGGUUUCGUUUUGUACGUAUUUUUUUUUUUUUUUUCUCCUCCUAUCGUUGUUAAUAUCGAAUUAAUAUGCGAAACGUCGAAAUCCGCAUUAGACCGUUCGCCGUAUUAAAAUCAUUACGAUUUUCCGCGUGUUCGUAUUAUACGGAUUUCGCUUACCGGCGCGCGCGUGCGAUCCGGGCCCGGCGGCGGGGGGUGGCGGCAAAAGACGGCGCUGCGUCAAUUAAUAACGACGACACCUACCCGCGUAAUCCCCGUGUAGAUUCGACGCCCGGGGCUCGGUUUUCCGUCCUAGUGUUUUUCCCGUCCCGGGGCGCCGUACGCGGUUUUCGCACGGAUCCGCCGCAACCCCCGGACACGACGGGCACGCGAAUCCGACGGUUUCGGCAAACGCGGAGAUCGCGCGCGUUUAUCAGUCACCCCCCCGUGUGUGUAAAAGCAUACAGCCCCGCCACGUCCUUUGUCUUUCGGCCGUGCGUUCGCCGCGGCCGUUUCCCGUCGCCGUCGCUUGGCGUCAUUCGACAAUGGGUUAAGUGCUCCCGUCCCCGCGCGAAUUUUCCGCGACGUCGGCGAAAAUCGCACGCGUAGAGUCGAGGGAGCGAACGAACACAAUAGCCGACGCGUUGGAGAGCGCGAAAUCCCGCGGCGGCUCUUCCGCGCUACCGGCUUCUUACACAAUAAAAAAACGCGAAUUAUCCAGUUUAUUACGAACGCGCGGAAACGUUUAAUUAAAUCCCAACACUGAUUCCGUUCGAAACAUGUAUAAUGCACAUAUAUACAUACAUACAUAUAUAUAUAUAUAGUCUUUCAAGUGGAAUGGGACUCGGUUCUCCUAUUUCUGGCCAAAUUUUAACGUGCCCCCGUUAUUUUUUCCCCCUAACGGGUAACACGGAUAAUACGGCCGUAAACAUCAAUGAUAGUUCCCUUUAGACAUCCAGUGACUCCAGACGUUUUAUUAAACAGAUAUUUGUUGAGUCGGGUCUCCGACGAGAAUUUCUUCAUAAUUGUGUCGCGUUAUUGUGCGAUAUAAUACGUACAUAGAAGUCGUGGUUAAAAGUUUUAGUGCACUUUCAUAGUUCGUCAAUACACCUACCUAGCCGGCGAACAGAUUCGUUUCAACAAUAUUAAUGACGGACAACGAGCGCUGACGAUCGAAAAUUAUCGACAAACGUAUCCAUCUGUCGACGCGUGUUAAAUCAGAGAUCGAAACGUGCGCAGUACGACCGGAUACGUAGACACAGUUGUAUAGUGACUAUAACAUGUGUAUUAUGUACGCACGGUGGUAAAUGAAAAGUUUAUCGGUUAUCGGUUUACAAUUGCUGUAGGCAUAAGAAAUGGCGUGUGUGUAUUAUUAUAUCGCGUGCGUUUCGUUCGAAAUAGCAUUUCAAUUUACAACGAGAACAACGCAGGCGGAACGGGCGCACAGGCCUAUACACGUGACGACACCCUUUUAGAUUUUUCAAAAUAUCCGCCUCGCCACACUUGCCGCACGGCUCGCGAGCGGCCACUUCGCGCGCCCGCGGCGGGCGGGCCAUCGGGUGCGGCGGGACGGCCCGAGUAUCCCGCGGACAACCGGAAAGCGAACCGACCGUAAUACGUAUUAUGCCGCGUGUAUACGCGUACGCCGCGCAGCGCGGUCCGCACCCCGAUGGGUGACGACGGCGCGUAUUCAGCGUUAUCGCGAAAUAGCCUCUUGACGUCAUCCGCACGUUUGGCCUUUUUACGUAUAAUAGAAAAUACGAGUACAUGACUCGCAAUCCGAAAAAAAAAAAAAAAAAUACGAAAAUUCUAUUACGUGGCGCGGUUGAAACUGAUCGAGGAAAAGAAAAAAACGAACAUAAUCGAGUUCCACGUGCGGGUAUUGCGUGCGGGUUGCGUUGGGUUCGCGAAACGUCUGCAGAAAUCGAAUUUUGUUUAUUCGAGAAAACGGACUUUCGGCCCGUUAGCCGGCAAUAUUAAAAUGGAACCGAUAAUAUCGGUCGGACUAAAACUUUAUACAGUGGAUUUUAAUUUCCAAACACGUAUGCGACGACCGCGAGACGGGCUCGUUAAGCUGGAAAUUAACGGGAGCGAGAGCUGAAACUGGGUAUGAACCGGAUUGUAAUAAUUUAACAAAUUAAACAAAUAUUUUAAAAAAUGCGUAUAGCAGUUACCGUUACCUAGUCCACCGGUAACUGCAGUGACCGCCGGCCGAUCCGGUCUCGAGCGGUCGUUAUUAUACACGCCCCGAGAAUAUAAAAUGUCGAGCCCGCGGCGAACGCCGAGUUCAUUUCGGGCUGUUUCGCGUUCACCCCCCUAGGGGGGGGGGAGGAGUGGAAGACACUCGUGUAUAAUAUAAUAACGAUGAUAUAUUUCAAAUGUAUUUCCUGGAACGAUAAACGCCAGUAUAUUAUCAGGUCGGUCCUUGUGUUAUUCAUAUAGGAGACCAACAAAUCAGCGUCGGGACGCCCCUUCGUUUUUAUUAUAGAAACGUAUUGAAAAAAAGAAAUAUAGUAACCGAGUCCGGUCACGUCGAGUCGACAUCAAGACGUGCCGCGAGACGGUUAAAAAAAAUUCGCCGGAGCGCGCGGUGUUUUGCGCUUUUAUCAUUGUUUUUUAAAGUUUUAUUGAAAAACUAAUAAAGCGCGUAGCCUGAAAAUGUGUACACAGAACAUCGUAUAUUGUCCUGUACACAACGUAUUAUAUUGUAUAAAUUGCUACGAAAAGUAUCCGGAAUGCGCGUAUAACGUCCGCGUAUCCGUACGCGGACGUCUUUGGAAAGUAUACUAUUUACACGAAUUGCCGGAUACUUUGUUUCGACUCUGAACCGCGCAAUUCCCGCGAGUGCGGUUUUCGUAAACGCACGUCCGCGCAGUAAUUCGCGUAUUCAAAUAUGCUGAGAAAGUAUUGGGAUAUUUGUACGUAUACUUUUACUCGGACAUUACUUACGAGCCGUUAUUCUCCCGCGGCGACUCGUGUACAAGUACCGGCGCGACGCGCUCGUUUUAAUCAAACCGCGCGCGCGGGUUUUUUAAAAAUACCGAUUUCCCCUCGUCCACCGCAUACGCGGUCUGGCCGCGAGUUAAAAAUAAAGCCCGUUUCCGAGCCCGUCGAAAUGCCCCGGGAAUAUUAUAUUAUCGCGAUCCGCCCCCGACUGUGUACAGGCCGCGGGCCCGUUCCGCGAAACGCGCGCGUUAUCGAAACGAUUUAAUUGUAUUGCGUUCGCCACGCACGCGCGACCGAUGACGAUCCGUACGCGUUACCGGUGCACAUGUGUGCGUACAAUGCGUGUGUGUGUGUGCGCGCGCGCGCGCGUCGGCCGUUUUGUUUGCGCUAAUAAUUCCCGUCGGCCGCGGUCCUCCGCGACCCGUACGCGCGCGCGCGUAUAUCGCAGUGCAAUUAAUACACGCGCGACACGCUCGCAAUUAGUCCCGUUCCGCCGUUUCGCGCUCGAGUACAACAUUAUGCACACGCGGGCGUAGGUGCGCGCAGGCACGCACACGGGUAUCCGUAACACGCGUGCGCGGCGAGCUGAAAAAACAAACGAAAACGCGCUUCUCUCGUCGGCCAUCGCGCUCGGCACAAUCGUAUUAUAUUUAUAAAUAACGACCGGUACGGAUGCGCGCGCGUGUAUAAUAUGCGUGCGAGAAACGUUCAAUAACGAGCGCGGCGACGGGCCUAAACGACGAUAAUCGGCUAACGAAUGUCAUCGCCAAAAGUCUCGCGUCAAUACCCGCGCGCGGCCUUAUAAUAGCCGCGAGAGGCCCGCGCGGUGCGUGCAGCGGUUCGUUCACGCCGCAUUUCGCACGCAUCGCGAACGCCGGGUUUUCGGAUUUUCGUCCGCCGGAGACGUAACGUGCAUCGCGCAUACAUCUCGCGUGACGUUGUCCGCUUCCCCUUUCCGACGAUCCGUUUUUACGGGACCGUCGCCGCUUCCGACGCGCCUGCACCCUCCCGCCACUCCACCCGGCCGCCGCCGCACGUCCUGCCGCGGCGACGGGCCCACUUUCUUCGCAUCUCCGUCUCUGUGCACCGCAUCGCGCCGUCUUUUUCGCCCGAGGCCCGUCCGCGGGCCGUUUUCCCGAAAGCUCGGUUUCCGCGACAAUCUUAACCGCAGACCACAUGUCAAUGACGCAUAAACGCAAUACGCGUAGACUCCGUUGUUUUAGACCAUCCCGGGAAAAGCGGACCGCGAAUGUCCGCGUCCGUUUCACUCCGAUGCGUGAUCUCCACCCCUCUCCGCCGCACCCCCCGUCCGUUCACGAAUUUCCGAAAUUAAUCACAAACGUCCCGCGGUAAGUUUGUCUGGUCGGCGCGUCGUCGGAAUAGUGGUUGGUUUUUUUUUUUUUUUAUCAUUUCCCGUUGUCAUCCUAGAAACCUGACGUGCUCAACAAUAUAAAUAUUCGAAGUCUAUAAAUAUCAGACAGACGUAUUGUAGCGCAUUUGUCUAAAAUCGAUUAGGUCUCUUCGAUUCUUCCGCCAUCCCGCAAAUCGUUUAUGAACCGUUUACUUCCGAACAGCAGAUGUAAAAAUGAUAAAAAAAAUACUAAAAACGGUAUGGAAAAACUCGGCAGCGAUUUUCCGAACAGGGUAUGGGUUGCAUAAGUACAUAAUAUCAUAGUGUUUACCAUUCAGUAGAAACUUUCGGUAAAAUGUACACGAUCCGGACAAAUUUCACGAUCCGGACCGGACAUUUCACGCAGCCGAUCCACUGCCGGCCGCACGAGAAUUCUCGCGCUCUCGUACAGUCGUUUCCGUUAUAAUUUCAUGUUUCUCUAAACACGUACGUGUGUGCCUAAUACGCAAUCCCGGAUCCCGGAAUUUGCGCCGCUUUUCCGGAAUAUGCGCCCACGGCCCGGUCGGUCUCGCAAAGAACCGUACAGCUGCGCGGGCUCUUAGUUCACGUAUUUUCGUACAACGAAAAUCGCAGAAUUCACAAAGUCGAUUCAACAAUGUUGUUUAUGUAACGUGCGCCAGUACCUAUGCGGGUUUACUGAAUAUUACACGCCCCCGAGUCCGACGCGUUCGUCAUCCGGGUCCUUUCAUUCUUGACCACAAUGGUGAUGAUAUUAUUCGUUCAAUGUCACGGGAAAUACCCGUGUGUGCCCGAGAUCCGAAGAUAUACGAGUGCCCGUGCUGCGUAGGUGUAAAUUUUUUUUUUUUCGUUUACUUUUUUCAAUUUUGUUUUGUACCUAUUAUUUAUAACCGUGUCGAGGUCGACAAAUCCUCUCGGUGUAUCGAUCGAAUUGUUAAUUGUUUAUUACGAUGUUAUUAUAUUAAUCAAUUAAUCAAGUACGGCGUGUUAAUUCCGCGAUAAUAUGCACGAGCACGAACGGCUGUCGUACACAUCGCACACGAUCUCCUUAAUAAAAGUCGAGUCGGUCGUACCUAUAAUAUAAACACGACAACAACAACAACGCGGACGAUGGCAAUGAGAGGACGAGUGACGACGACGACGUGUCCGAAGGGCUGUUCGCGAAUCAUUGAACGCACAAUCGAAUUCGAUAACCUAUAAAAUAAUCUAUAAUCUUAUUAAUAUUUAAACGAGCUCUCUUAUUGUUUAUUGCCGCGUCAACACACUUUGUUCAAACAUAUACGAGUAAUAACAAUAGGUACACUCCGAUUGUAUCUGUACAACCUUGCACCUUCCUAAAUAUUCGAUUAAAUGACGGAUCUGUCGGAAGAAUUUCGCAGGAUAAAUUAAUGAAAUAUUUGUAAAUCGCGUUAUGGCUUUAACGGUGGAACCGUACGAUUAUAGUCAUAGAAGAUUAUUUAGGGCUCGGAUGUUUAUGACGUGGUUGUUUUUUUUUUUCUGGUUUCCCCAUAUAGCUUUCAUUUUUAUAUACAUAAAAAUGUGUUUCACGAUGUCCGUAUUCAUCGAAAUAUCGGAAAUUUGUUUCGCAUAUAUUGGCAUAUUUCACGAUACAAAAUGCGAAAAAAAAUCGUAAUUUUAUAUUUUAUUGACUGAAUCUAAUCCAAGUUCGGCCAUCUGUAUUUUAUGUAGAUCAAUAAUGUACGAAUCAUCUCUGUGUUGACAAUUACUUAAAAAUAAACAAUCGCUGUUCUAUGUAACUCUUUUGGUUAAAUGCCCUAGUAAUGCCCUAGACCAAGGUCCAAGACACUAUUGAACAACAAAUGAGGGUCUUUUUGAAAGACCCUUUCGGCCUUUAGGGCUUUAAUACAAUAUUUUGCCAUCACAAACAUUAGAAGUUCUAGUUACACCACUGAUUGAACAUCGCUGAAUUUCGGAGGAAAAAAACCAUAUAGCUAUUUCUAAAAUUAACAAACAGUUAAACGUUUUGACCGUGUAUUUAACGGCCGAGUAAAAUAAUAUGUUUAAUGAGAUUAUAAACUAGGUAAACUAAUAAUAUCAUAAACAUUGUUGUACGUCGGCGAAAUAAUUUCAUACUUUCACGCAUCGUAUAUUUUUUUAAUAAUAUUAAUAAUAUGCCGUGACCGUAAUAAUAUCGCAUGUAGGAAAAUAUUAAAUAACCUAACCUUACCUUUUGCCUUUUUUUUUUUUUCGUCCAAUUUUGUUUUGUGUGCGUAUUUUAUAUAAUUAAUCAAGCAUUUUUUUUUUUUUCGAGUCUGAACGUUAAAUAUGUUUCUCUGCCGAUGCAGUGCGCGUGUAUCGUUACACGGUAGAUUCAAAUUCUAAAACAUAAAAUAUCCUUUUGAUUCAAAGCCAAUUUCGAGGCCAGCGCGUACUAUAUCUACAGUGACAGGUAUUUCAUUUGGCGCCUAUUGUCGGGGGUCUCUCGAGCGCGCGCUCAAAAUGAUGAUCACGAUCUCGGAGGGCUAACAUGAUAUCAUAGGCGCCUAUAGCCGAAAAACUCCUGUAACGAUCGUCUAUAUGUAUAUAAUAUUUAUAUAUAGCAAGGCCGAAAAAACCGUAAAUGUUCCGGCAUCUGGUCAGUCUAUUAUUAUUGUAGUAUAGCACGCGGGUGUAGUGAUUUCCGCGCUCUUCAAAUCAAAGUUCAAUUGUCCAGCGAGUGAAAGACGCACGAAGAGUAAGGUUAUAGACAUCCGACGAUAUUAUUCGCCUAAUAGUCCAAGACAUUCGGCGAAUAUCAAAUUAUCCUUUGUACGGGACCUCGAAAAAAUACGAGCUAAGUCAGAGCGUUUAUACCUACGUAUACAUACAUACACACCCGGAUCCGUCAUUAAAUUCUAUGAUUUACUUUUUCUUCUGGAUCGUUAUAUUAUUUCGAUCGUUAAUAUUUUUAUACGAAAAUAUCGUAGUCGGACUUGUGGUUUUUUUUUUUUUUCUGUUCACUCUGGACAAAUUCCGAAUAGAAUGACAAAAUGCGAUAAUAUAGUGACUUUGGGAAUGUGCCAAUCGUAUCCUAUAUACGCAAUAUGCAAUCAAAUUAAUUUUAGUUAGCGAUUUUUUUUAGUCUAAGUACGACGUUCAAUAAUAUUAUUAUUGUCAAAUACAAUGCUACGUAUUUACGUUAGUCAUGAUGUAUAAGUAUAAAAUAUACAAAAAUACGAAAAAACGACCGUAUAACUUUGUGAAUAAUUAUUAAUUUUAAAACCUACACCUAUUUAGAUAAUCGUAUUUUUAAACAUAUAUUCGUACGUGUAAUGGUUUCUGUUUGUUUUACAAUAUUCUGUACAAUACAUCAUCUAAUUCAGUCUUCAGUCAGAUUUAAUUGUUUAAGCCAACUCGUUGAUAGUGAACAAAAUAAACAACCAUUAUAUGAAUAGCUAUCAAAACGUCACCAUGUAGCCUCAUUUUUUUUUUUUUUUAACGAGAAUUAUACAUUUACAUAGAAACAAAAUGAAACGUUUAACUAAUCCCAUCAUACAUUUCUCUACGGUAUUUUCGAAAAACUUCAAAAUCUGUCUAUAAUAUUUUCGAAUAGUUUCAUAAACCGAAACGUUAUCGAUUUGAAUCGAUCUGCAAAAUCAAUCGGCUAUAGGUAUAAUAUCAUACCGCGGUAGUUUUUUUUUUUGUGAUAAUCAGUAAUAAAUAUGAACUUCACAUCUUACAGUAAUAUUAUCAUCAAUAUAAAUCUUUCAUCCACCGCAAUACGACCUUGGUCCAACGUGUUAGGUAUUUAUAAUUCGCACGCCGUAUAUCGUGUACUAAUACGAUACAUUAUUAAAAUUUAAUUUUCACAUUUUUUCAAACUUGAAAUUUUUACUCGGAAUUGUAUACGCGUAUGACAUGGACGUAUAAUCAUUUCGCGUAUCCAUAAAUCACUGUGCGAGAUAAUCAUUUUGCGAUUUAUUAUUUCGCAAACGAAAACUAUAUAGCCUAGGUAUAGGUAUAAUUUAUACACUUAAAAUCUUCGACGAAAAAUUAUAUCGAUUUAAUAAGUGUUAUUGUUGAAAAUCGGUAAUUUUACCACGAGUGAUUAUAAUCAUUGCGUGGAAUAUACCGUAUACGCUAUACACAUAUUUUUAUAAAGAAUGCGAAAACGAAUCAAUCUUUAUAAAGAUUCAUAUCUCUAAAAAUAUCCACAUCGUAACGAGUUGAAAUAGGUACAAUAACAAUAAAAAAAUGAAUCUGCCAUUAUAUUAUACGAUUUUAAAAUAAUUAAUUUUACAAAAUAAAAUCGCAUCCACAUGUAAUAAAAUAUACAAGUAUUAUUCUUUGCUACUGUAUUACACGUUUUGUAUGCUCGUAAUUUUUAUCUACACAUUAUAUAUCGACAAAUGUUUUUUUAAUUUUUUUUACGAGUAGUCUUGACUAUUCAAUUCUAUAAAUUUAAAAUUAUCAAUAACAAAAAAAAAAAAAUGUUUGUUACGCCACGCCUGUAACUUUUUGUUAUACGACAACGGACAAAUAUUACAAUGUUUCGCCUUGGUCUGUGACAACUAAAAUAAAUCAUUUUUUUUUUCUUCUCCUUAUAGAUUCUCGCUUCCCUAACAGUAUCGUUAUGCUCUAUGGUAGUUGGAUUCGCGUCUGCCUACACGUCACCCGCCUUACCAUCGAUGAACUCCCCGGGUAGUACGCUAUCCGUAAGCGAGGAAGAAGUAAGUACCUAUCAUCCUGUAGUUUGUCGUAAACAUGUCUACGAAACAAUAUUAAUGUGUUGAAUUGUCGAUUGAUUGAUUACAGGGCUCGUGGAUUGGAAGUCUUAUGCCACUGGCAGCACUUAUCGGCGGCAUGGCUGGCGGACCCCUUAUCGAAUCCAUUGGUAGAAAAACCACGAUUCUUGCUACUGGAAUACCAUUCAUUAUCUGUAAGUUUAAUAUUAAAUAUUAUUACGUGUUAUAAUACCUAAUCCUACAUAAAUAUCGAUUUCGUAAUAAAUUUGGAUUUAGGUCUAGGCCCAACCGCAUAGGUACUUAUAACCUAACCUACUUUUCAUCCUCUUGUAUUAUUAUAAUAUUAUAGUAUAAUUUAUAACUCGAGUGUUUUUUAAUUCAGAAUACUUUUUCCUGUUUAUUCACUAAAUUAUUAAUUUAUUGUAAUACAAACAGGAAAAAUAUAUUUCAAUUUGAUUGAAUAAUAACCUUAGAAUGUCACAAUUGAUUUACCACAUAUACAAUUUAUUUUAUUUUAUUAUUAUUGUUUUUUUCUGCAGCUUUUGUUUUGAUAGCAAUGGCUGUUAAUGUGCAAAUGGUAAUGGCCGGACGGGCCAUCGCCGGAUUCUGUGUAGGAAUUGCUUCAUUAGGUCUUCCGGUGUAUUUAGGAGAAACUGUCCAACCUCAAGUCAGAGGAACAUUAGGUCUUUUGCCUACCACACUUGGCAACAGUGGAAUAUUAUUGUGUUUCAUUGCUGGAAAAUACCUUAACUGGCAAAUGUUGGCCAUUCUUGGCGCUUGUAUUCCAAUACCGUUUCUGAUAUGCAUGUUCCUAAUCCCCGAAACUCCACAAUGGUACAUCAGCAGAAGUGAGUUGGACUCAUAUAGACAUAUUAUUAUGUAUUUCAUCAAAUGAAAUUUUACUUAAUUGCCUAUUUGUUUGCGUGUGCAGAUAAAAGCAAGAAAGCGAAAAAAGCUCUUCAAUGGCUGAGGGGAAAGAAUGCCGAUAUAACGCAGGAAUUUAGCGAGAUUGAAAAAGCCAAUCACGUAGGCAAAAACGAAGAGAUGCCCGGGUACCUAAGCCUGUUCUCUAAAAUGUAUUCAAAACCUCUACUCAUAUCCAUGGGACUUAUGUUAUUCCAACAACUCAGCGGAAUAAAUGCCGUCAUUUUUUACACCGUCAAAAUCUUUAAAGUAUGCACCUAUACUUAAAUUGUUCAACUAAAUACGUCUAUAAAACGAUUACUAUAUAAAUGUGACAAUAUUAAUUUGUUUAGGAAGCGGGAAGCACUAUUGAUGAAAACUUAUGUACGAUCAUUGUUGGUGUUGUUAACUUCAUAUCCACGUUCAUAGCGACUGCUCUUAUUGAUAAACUCGGUCGUAAAAUAUUGUUGUACGCUUCCAGUGCGACCAUGGCAAUCACACUCAUCACACUCGGUACAUUUUUCAAUUACAAGAAAAGCGGUUAUGACGUAUCCAAUUACGGAUGGUUGCCAUUGGCCAGUUUCGUGUUUUUCAUCAUAGGCUUUGCUAUUGGCUUCGGACCGAUUCCUUGGCUAAUGAUGGGCGAAAUUUUGCCAGGUAAAUAUUAGAGUACCUAUUACUUAUAUCGCAUGAUACAAAUAUAAUAAUAAUAAAAGUUGUAAAUUAAUUGGACUAAUUUAAAUAAUACUUUAUUUUUAGCCAAAAUCAGAGGUACUGCAGCUUCUUUGGCAACUGCUUUCAACUGGGCCUGUACAUUCGUGGUCACCAAGACUUUUGCCGAUCUAUUGAGAGUUUUUGGCGCCGACGGCGCAUUCUGGCUUUUCGGCGGUAUCUGCUUGUUAGGUUUAGUAUUUAUUAUUUUUUGCGUGCCGGAAACUCAAGGCAAGAGUCUAGAAGACAUCGAACGCAAUUUAACUGGCGUGGGCAAAGGUCCGGUGAGACAAGUAAGAAGAAUGAGUUCAAUAGCGCAUUUGAAACCACUACCAAUGGCCAUCUAA